AUGUUUUCCUCCUGUAUUGAGUUUGAAUUCUUACCUUCAUCCCUCUCUCUCUCUCUCGCCCCUUCCUCAUUCUCCCCCCCAACAGUGUGUCCCUCCACCUGUAAGCAUCGGGCCUGUACCCGACAUGGCCACUGCUGCCACGACCAGUGCCUGGGAGGCUGCUCGGAGUCAGGCAACGCCAGCCGCUGUGUGGCCUGCCAGAACCUCCAGCACCAGGACACCUGCGUGGACCGCUGUCCCCAGGGAUACUACACCUUCAAGGGCUGGCGCUGCGUCUCUCUCUCCUUCUGCCAGGACCUCCACAACCAGUGCAAGAACGGAAAGGGCAACGACUGCCACGAGUACGUCAUCCACAACGGAGCCUGCAUCCCAGAGUGUCCGUCAGGAUAUACCACUAUCAACUCUACUACGUAAGUCUUAGAUAUAUAUAUAACAUGACAGCCAUAUACCACUAUCAACUCUACUACGUAAGUCUUAGAUAUAUAUAUAUAACAUGACAGCCAUAUACCACUAUCAACUCUACUACGUAAGUCUUAGAUAUAUAUAUAUAACAUUGACAGCAUAUACCACUAUCAACUUAAUACGUUAAGUUAGGUAUACAGUUACUCAGAAAGUCCUACCCCUUGACUUAUUCCACAUGUUGUUGUGUUACAGCCUGAAUUCAAAAUGGAUUAAAUAGAUUUGGUUUCUCACCCAUCUACACACAAUACUCCAUAAUGACAAAGUGAAAACAUGUUUUUAGAUUUUUUUUUUCAAAUGUAUUGAAAAUGAAAUACAGAAAUGUCUCAUUUACAUAAGUAUUCACACACCUUUGCCAGCGAUUACAGCUGUGAGUCUUUCUGGCUAAGUCUCUUAAGAGCUUUCCACACCUGGAUUGUGCAACAUUUGCCCAAAAUUCUUCAAGCUCUGUCAAGUUGGUUGUUGAUCAUUGGUAGACAGCCAUUUUCAGGUCUUGCCAUAGAUUUACAAAUAGAUUUAAGUCAAAACUGUAACUCGGCCACUCAGGAACAUUCACGGUCUUCUUGGUAAGCAACUCCAGUGUAGAUUUGGCUUUGUGUUUUAGGUUGUUGUCCUGCUGAAAGGGGAAUUCAUCUCCCAGUGUCUGGUGGAAAGCAGACUGAACCAGGUUUCCCUCUAGGAUUUUGCCUGUACUUAGCUCCAGUCCUGGAUACUAAUAUGGUGCCGAUAGACAUUGCCUCCUUGUUUGAGGAUCCAAAGCAUUUCGUUUUUUUAAAAUGUUAUUUCUCACGUUAUUAGCCCAGAACGUUCUUUACAUUAUUACAUACAACCAGAAAGAGCUUUUAGAUAUCAGAGAGGCGGUAACUCACCAGCAUUUCUACCAGGAAUACGACUUUCCUGAAUUGGAUCCUUUGUUCAUACUUAUCCCAGAGGCUGCUGCAAGACAUCACCGCCGGAGAAGAGGUAUUCGGAGUGGACUUCUGGUCCGACUAAGGAGGUUUGCACACCAUCCACCGCUUCCGAGUAUAUUACUAGCUAAUGUUCAGUCCCUGGACAAUAAAGUAGACGAGCUCAGGGCGAGGAUCUCCUUUUCAGAGAGACAUCAGGGACUGUAACAUACUCUGUUUCACGGAAUCAUGGCUCUCUCCGGAUAUACUGUCCCCGUCCAUACAGCCAGCUGGGUUUUCAAUACAUUGUGCGGACAGGAAUAAAGAACUCUCUGUGAAGAAAGGCGGAGGUAUAUGUUUCAUGAUUAACUACUCAUGGUGUGAUUGUGGUAAUGUACAGGAACUCAAGUCCUUUUGUUCACCCGACCUAGAAUACCUCACAAUCAAAUGCCGACCGCAUUACCUCCCUAGAGAAUUUUCUUUGGUCAUCGUCACAGCCGUGUAUAUUCCCCUCAAGCCGAUACCACGACAGCUCUCAAGGAACUACACUGGAUCUUGUGCAAACUGGAAACUGCAUAUCCAGAGGCCGCAUUUAUUAUAGCUGGGGACUUUAAUGCAGCAAAUCUCUACCGAAGUUCUAUCAACACAUCGCCUGCAGUACUCGCGAUUCAAAAACUCUUGAACAUUGUUACUCUCCCUUUCCGGGAUGGCUACAAGGCCCUCCCCCGACCUCCCUUCGGCAAAGCAGAUCACGAUUCUAUUUUGCUCCUCCCUUCCUAUAGGCAAAAACUCAAAACAGGAAAUACCUGUGCUAAGGUCUAUUCAACGCUGGUCUGACCAAUCGGAAUCCAUGCUUCAAGACUGUUUUGAUCACGUGGACUGGGACAUAUUCUCCGGUUUGCCUCUGAGAAUAACAUUGACGUAUACAGUGCCCUCCACUAUUAUUGGCACCCCUGUUUAAGAUGUGGUCGAGGACUUCCAAAAAUUCUCCUUUUUUUUAAACAACAUAGAACCCAAAUGCAAAAAAAGAGAAAAAUCCAACCUUUUAUUUAAGUACAUUACUUUGGUGGUUAAAAAAAAAAUCACACAUUUAGAAAAAAAAAAACUUGAAAUCAUGUGUCCCACAAUUAUUGGCACCCCUAACAAUUCCGCUGAAAAUUUUAAUUGAUUUUUUAAAAAAUAUAUUUUUCUGUAGUUGCUAAAGUUGGUCAGGGUAUCUAGGAACUUUUAAUUAGUAAUUCAUGACUUCCUGUUUCCCUGGGGUAUAAAUAUGACGUGACACAGAGGCCUAAUUCUCUUACCCAUUUGUCAACAUGGCAAAGAAAAAGCCUUUUCUCACUAACACUCACAAACGUAAACGUCUGGAGUUUGCUAAGCGGCACUGGGACUUUUUGGCAACAAACACUCUAAGUGGGUCUGGCGUAAAACAAAAGAUGAGUAUGCCGAAAAGCACCUCAUGCCCACCGUGAAGUAUGGUGGAGGAUCUGUGAUGCUGUGGGCCUGUUUCUCUUCCAAAGGCCCUGGGAACCUUGUUAGGGUGCAUGGCAUUAUGAACGCUUUGAACUACCAGGACAUUUUAAAUAAAAACCUGAUGGCCUCUGCCAGAAAGCUGAAGAUGGGUCGUCAUUGGGUCUUUCAGCAGGAUAAUGAUCCAAAACAUGUGGCAAAAUCUACAAAAAAAUGGUUCAGCAGUCACAAACUCAAGGUCCUCCCAUGGCCAUCUCAGUCCCCAGACCUCAACCCAAUCGAAAACCUGUGGGGCGAGCUAAAGAGGAGAGUGCAUAAGAGAGGACCCAGGACACUGGAUGAUCUAGAAAGAUUGUGCAAAGAAGAAUGGUCAAAGAUCCCUCUCUCUGUGUUCUCCAAUCUUGUGAAAUGUUAUAGGAGGAUAUUAAGUGCUGUCUUGUUGGCAAAAGGGGGUUGUACAAAGUAUUAACAUCAGGGGUGCCAAUAAUUGUGGGACACAUGAUUUCAAGUUGUUUUUUUUCUAAAUGUGUGAUUUUUUUUUUUUUACACCAAAGGAAUGUACUUAAAUAAAAGGUUGGAUUUUUCUAUUUUUUUGCGUUUGGGUUCUAUGUUGUUUAAAAAAAAAAGGAGAAUUUUUGGAAGUCCUCGACCACAUCUUAAACAGGGGUGCCAAUAAUUGUGGAGGGCACUGUAUACUGACACAGUGACUGAGUUCAUCAGGAAGUAUAUAGGGGAUGUUGUUCCCACUGUGACGAUUAAAACGUAUCCAAACCAAAAACCGUGGAUAGCUGGCAGCAUUCGCGGAAAACUGAAAGUGCGAACCACCACUUUUAACCACUGCAAGUUGACUGGGAAUAUGAUUGAAUACAAACAGUCCAGUUAUGCCCUUCAUAAGGCAAUCAAACAGGCAAAAUGUCUCAGAGAAGAGACAAAGUGGUAGUCCCAUGUAGCUCAGUUGGUAGUAUGAAAAAUAAAAAUUCUAAUAAUUGUAUGCACUCACUAACUGUAAGUCGCUCUGGAUAAAAGCGUCUGCUAAAUGACUAAAAUGUAAAAAUGUAAAGUGGAGUCACAAUUUAACGGCUCAGACACGAGACAUAUGUGUCAGGGACUCCAGACAAUCACGGAUUAUAAAGGAAAAACCAGCCACGUCGCAGACACCGAUGUCUUGCUCCCUGUCAAGCUAAACACCUUCUUCGACCCGCUUCUGAGGAUAACACAGUGCCGCCAACACGGGUUGCUCCAGAGGACUGUGUGCUCUCGUUCUCCAUGGCCGACGUGAUUAAGACAUUUUAAGCGUGUUAACCCUCGCAAGGCUGCCAGCCCAGACGGCAUCCCUAGCCAACCGCAGAUCAGAGCAUGCGCAGAUCAGCUUGCUGGAGUGUUAACAGACAUAUUCAAUCUCUCCCUAUCCCAGUCCCCACUUGCUUCAAGAUGUCCACCAUUGUUCCUGUACCCAAGAAAGCAAAGGUAACUGCAAUAAAUGUCUAUCACCCCGUAGCAUUCACUUCUGUCAUCAUGAAGUGCUUUGAGAGGCUAGUUAAGGAUCAUAUCACCUCCACCUUACCCGACACCCUAGAUCCACUGCAAUUUGCAUACCGCCCCAACAGAUCCACUGACGAUGCAAUCGCCAUCGCACUGCACACUGCCCUAUCCCAUCUGGACAAGAGGAAUAACUAUGUAAGAAUGCUGUUCAUUGACUAUAGCUCAGCAUUCAACACCAUAGUACCCUCCAAGCUCAUCAUUAAGCUUGUGGCCCUGGGUCUCAACCCCGCCCUGUGCAACUGGGUCCUGGACUUCCUGACGGGCCGCCCCCAGGUGGUGAAGGUAGGCAUCAACAUCUCCACUACACUGAUCCUCAACACUGGGGCCCCACAAGGGUGCGUGCUCAGCCCCCUCCUGUACUCCCUGUUCACCCAUGACUGCAUGGCCACGCAUGCCUCCAACUCAAUCAUCAAGUUUGGAGACGACACAACAGUGUAGGCCUGGUUACCAACAAUGACGAGACAGCCUACAGGGAGGAGGUGAGGGCCCUGGCGGAGUGGUUCCUGGAAAAUAACCUCUCACUCAACGUCAACAAAACGAAGGAGCUGAUCGUGGACUUCAGGAGACAGCAGAGGAACACGCCCCCAUCCACAUCGACGGGGCCGCAGUGGAGAAGGUGAAAAGCUUCAAGUUCCUCAGCGUGCACAUCACUGACAAUCUGAAAUGGUCCACCCACACAGACAGUGUGGUGAAGAAGGCGCAACAGCGCCUAUUCAACCUCAGGACGCUGAAGAAAUUUGGCUUGACCCCUAAGACCCUCACUUUUACAGAUGCACCAUUGAGAGCAUCCUGUCGGGCUGCAUCACCGCCUGGUAUGUCAACUGCACCGCCCUCAACCGCAGGGUUCUCCAGAGGGUGGUGCGGUCAGCCCAUCGCAUCACCGGGAGUACACUGUCUAAAGUCCUUAAAGUCCUGGCUGACCUCACAGCAGAGAUGUUAAAGUCCUGGCUGACCUCACAGCAGAGAUGUUAAAGUCCUGGCUGACCUCACAGCAGAGAUGUUAAAGUCCUGGCUGACCUCACAGCAGAGAUGUUAAAGUCCUGGCUGACCUCACAGCAGAGAUGUUAAAGUCCUGGCUGACCUCACAGCAGAGAUGUUAAAGUCCUGGCUGACCUCACAGCAGAGAUGUUAAAGUCCUGGCUGACCUCACAGCAGAGAUGUUAAAGUCCUGGCUGACCUCACAGCAGAGUUUAGAUGAAUAUGACAAUAGAGGAGGAGGUCAAAACAUCACACGUCUGUCUCGCUGUCUGAUGUCCCCUGACCUGGCUAGGACGUAUAGUGUCUACUCUACACACACCACAUACAUACAUAAAUACACUCCUUACUGUAUACUCCAAAUCUCUGACUGACUAGGCCUGGGCCUCCUGGCCUGCUAAUGGGCCGGGCUGGAGCGGAGUAACAACACCAACCGUGUGCCAUGCUCCUAUUUGACACCAGAGACUGUUCCCUUUGUGGCUCUGAGUGACUGGUCACCUGACGCUUUCACAGUAAACAGCAGGCUCUGGAACAGCACGGGCACAGAGCCUCUGUUGGUUUUCAUUGGGCUGCGUCCCAAAUGGCACCCUCUUUCCUACGUAGUCCACUUCUUUCGACCUAUAGGGCUCUGUUCAAAAGUAACUAGCCUGUACAGGGAAUAGGGUGCUAUUUGGGACGCAUUCUCAGGACAUUUGGCUUUAUUUUCGACAGUUUAAACAGUUAAGUCUCAGAAAGAGACUGGUUUAGCAGAGAUGAGGAGACAUGACGUCUUCCCAAAGCCACACGCUGGCCCGUGAUUGAUGGUGUUGGUGUGUUGAUCGUGUAGCUUAAUGUGUUCUGGGAAGGCAGCGGGCCGCUGUGGACUGAACGUGUUGCUGAAUGUGUUAGCCAGCGUCUCCAGUGUUUGCUGCACUGUGUUGCUUUUUUCCAGAGGACAGCAUUGGUCUGAGCGCUGUUUAGCUUUUUCCAGAGGACAGUGUUGGUCUGAGCGCUGGGCUAGUCUAGGGAAAUGCCCACCGUCCAGGUAGGUAAAGGUAGAAAUACAUUUGUUUAGGUGGCAAACACCACACACACACACACACACACACACACACACAUACACACAAACACAAACAUACACACUGGAAGUCCUGGAAUGUACACUCUCUCAUACUGAACACCAGAGCUGGGACCAAAUCACUAUUAUUCGAGUCACAAGCAAGUCACAAGGACCAAGUCUCAAGUCGAAUCCCAAGUAGAACGGGUCAAGACACGAGUCAAGUCCAAGUCGUACAUUCUAAGAGCAAGUUGAAUCGAGUUUAAGUCAAGUAAAAUAAAAUAUAUCCAUGCAACGACUUGUUCAACUACAAAUCUUUGUCUAUUUGUUGAGGCUACCAGACAGCCCUUUACAUUAUUUAGUCUACAACACAUUUUCAUUAGCCCAUGUAACUGUAAAAUAGGGACCUAGUAGCAGUCGUAAGGGCAUGAAAUCAGCAGAAGGCAAGGCAGGUUGACGUGAUGGCAAGGCAGGUUGACGUGAUGGCAAGGCAGGUUGACGUGAUGGCAAGGCAGGUUGACGUGAUGGCAAGGCAGGUUGACGUGAAGGCAAGGCAGGUUGACGUGAUGGCAAGGCAGGUUGACGUGAUGGCAAGGCAGGUUGACGUGAUGGCAAGGCAGGUUGACGUGAUGGCAAGGCAGGUUGACGUGAUGGCAAGGCAGGUUGACGUGAUGGCAGGCAGGUUUGACGUUAAAGGCAAGGCAGGUUGAUUGUACUUUUUAUUUACAAUCUCGUGGUGAUCCACUGGUGAAAGCGCCAUAAGCAUACAAAUAUACAAGUUAUAAUUUAUCAAAUACAACAUGGGCAAUAGCCCAAAACAAAAUAGCCCUCUGUUAUCAAGGCUUAACCUUUCCAAAUCUGGAACGGACACAGGUAAAGGCAAGACUGCACAGCCUCCCCUUGAGAAACCAAAUUGAAUCUGUCUGACAGGAGCUCAAACAGGUAGGCCCUACAGAAGUAUAGACCACUUGGACCCCAGGACCAUACAAUUACCCAAUUGGCAAUUACAACCAAUGAACGGGUUCUACAAUGUAAAAAGGCAAUUUAUAUAAUACAUUGGUACAUUCUUCUUAAUCAGACUUAAUGAUUAUUAACGAUAUUUCAACACCAUGCAUACAUGGAACAGUCAUUUUAUCUUAUUCAACGUUCUGACUCCAAAGCCACAUAGCCUAUUUCUAUGAGCACUGAACUGAGCGUUUCUAUUACACACAACAAACAUGACAGAGACACAGUUACACGGAACUCCGACAUAACCCAGGAAAUAUUAACAAAGGAAACCAUACAUUGAAUUAAAUAAACAGAACUUCUACCUCAUGAGUCUUGCCAGGUCCACUAUAAACAUCGCGCCCACUCAGAGCAGGGGUAAGAAAUGGUUAGCUAAAUGAAAAUGUAUCGUAGGCCUAUCAAACAUGAAACAGUGAUUGUCUACGUGUUGCAAUAAACGGUACGGGGAUGGAAUGAUGAAACACUAGCAAUUAUUGUAGUAUUAGAUGGAAUAUAGAUUGACCACAUAGGGCCUUUGCGUUUAAACAUGUGAAAGCAACAGUAAAAAAUGUCAACAAGAGACAAAAAUAUACUCUCCACUGGCGGGAGUUUGGAGAGCGCACAUGAAGAGCCUCACCACGGUAAUAAUUCAUUUUAACAACAAAUUCCAAAAUGCAAGCUCCAUAAGUAAAUUAUCAAUUUCAAGCAAUUGUUACAUACCAAAAGACCAGUAGGCCUAUGUUAGUAAUUGUUGCCCCAUUGCUGGUGAGCUUUGUAAUGUAAACCGUUAACAUUCUUGAUCACCAAUCAACUUUUGGAGCUGGAUGUUAAACGCAUGGUCUCCCGAGUGGCGCAGUGGUCUAAGGCACUGCAUCGCAGUGCUAGCUGUGCCACUAGAGAUCCUGGUUCGAAUCGAGGCUCUGUCGUAGCUGGCCGUGACCGGGAGACCCAUGGGGCGGCGCACAAUUGGCCCAGCGUCGUCCAGGGUAGGGGAGGGAAUGGCCGGCAGGGUUGUAGCCCAGCUGGUAGCGUUUGCAACGCCAGGGUUGUGGGUUCGAUUCCCACGGGGGGCCAGUAUGAUUUUUUUUUUAAAAUAAUAAUAAUUUGUAUGCACUCACUAACUGUAAGUCGCUCUGGAUAAGAGCGUCUGCUAAAUGACUAAAAUGUAAAUGUAAUGUUUAUUUAUUAUGGCUUUCCUCUCUUCCUACAAUUUGACGUCUGCGCUGCACCCCGAUCCGAUCCUAUAGCUCCCAAAUACUCAACUGGCAGACCGGGGACCGGAUCCGGACAGAAAACGGGGUCAAUACGGACCCCUGGUAUCAUAUAAACACACAUAAGACAUGGAAGAAGGCGUAGAAUUGCAGGAAAUAGGCUUUAAAACAGCAAAAACAAUCUCUGUCCCAUGCUAAAUGUGUAGAAGUGCGGGAAACUAGUUUUAAAACUGCAACAUUUUCUCUCUGCCAACAACAGGGGUGUGAACAGUUUGGAGUCGCAUGGGUUAUUUAGGGCGGCAGGUAGCUUAGUGGUUAAGAGCGUAGUGCCAGUAACCGAAAGGUCGCUGGUUCUAAUCCCUGAGCCGACUAGGUGAAAAAUCUGUCGAUGUGCCCUUGAGCAAGGCACUUAACCUUAAUUGCUCCUGUAAGUCGCUCUGGAUAAGAGCGUCUGCUAAAUGACUAAAAUGUAAAAUGGUACUUGAGUACCCCUGCUAUAGCUGUAGAGCAUAUCAGCAAUCUGUUGGCUAUCUCACCCGACCAGUGUUGAUUGACAGUUUGCUGGUCCAAUCAGAGUGCUGAGUGUGCGUUUCACUAGCCAAUCUGUUGCAGGUUAUUUCUGCAAGGGCGACGCUGCAGCUACUGUCUCUGGCUGCGUGUAGAGUCAUCCACGUAGACUCUGUGACACAAAAUGAGUGACAAAACAUGACAAAACCUGGCCAGAUCAUUUCAAGUCAUCAGUCUCAUGUCAAAGUCGAGUCCCGAGUCUUGAAGCUCCAAGUCGAAGUCAAGUCUCAAGUUAUUUUAUUUUCUGUCAAGUCUAGUCUCAAGUCAUCAAAUUUGUGAAUCGAGUCAAACUUAAGUCCAAGUCAUGUGACUCAAGUCCACAACUCUGCAGCUUCAACAUUCCUCCACUUCAUUCCUCAACCUAUUAAGCCUGACCUUAGGACCUUUCUAGAGCCACAACCCCAGGGAAACACCCUGGGACCUUCAAUUCCUUCCUGACAUUUUACCCACUGCUGAUGGCUUUCCUCAGCAUUUAGCCAACUAACAGAGAUUACUAGGUGCUUCAGGCUAUGAGGAAGAGAGAUUCACAAAGUGUUCCGAAGGACAUUUCUUAAAAUCUCAUACUACAGUACAUACUCAGAGAGAUUCAGGCUCAUAGUACGGUACGUUCUUAGAGAGAGAGAUUCUGGCUCAUAGAACGGUACGUUCUCAAGAGAUUCACACACAUGCCAUCCAGUAUGAUAAGGAAGUUGCUAGAUGAUUAUUUUCCAUUCUGCAGCCGUUACGACAUCAGGGACUGUUGAAGUUCUCCGCUGCUGGGCCGAGGGAGGGAGCGUCCGUAACCAGACACACAAAUCACCCUCACAGACACACAGACAGGGCUGGGGCUGGGGUGCUGGCUGGGGCUGGGCCUCAAGGGGCUGGCUGUGGCUGGGGCACUGACUGGGGCUGGGCCUCAAGGGGCUUGCUGUGGCUGUGGCGCUGACUGGGGCUGGGCCUCAAGGGGCUGGCUGUGGCUGUGGCUGGGCUGGGCAGAGGCUGUGAGUGGGGGGCUGGGGCAGAGGGAGGCUGGGAUGGCGAGACACUUUCUACAUGCUACCUUUUCUUGAGCUAGGCUUGAAAUCAGCCAUCAGGGGUUAAGAGCGUUCAGCCCGUAACCCAAAGGUUGCUGGUUUGAAUCCCCGAGCUGACUAGGUGAAAAUUCUGUCUGUGCACUUGAGCAAGGUACUUAACCCUAAUUGCUCCUGUAAGUCAUUGGAUAAGAGUGUCUGCUAAAUUACUAAAAUGUUAUGUAAAUGACAGAGGAAUCACUGUGCAAUCCUAUCCCAUCUCUCUCUCCACCAACCGCUAGCACAGCGGUUAGGCCGCUCUGCUUUCUAGACAUUUCCGCGGCGUUCGUUCUGCCUUUCCACAUGAAUAUCCAUGACGACAAGCACGAAUGAGGAAUUUGCUAAUCUUUCCUUGAAACACUGACGGCACUGCAGCAGCCCUAAGUCAGUCUGCAGAGUGCGGAGGUUCUCCGGGCUGCAGCUAAAUACUAAAAGAUUUUCCCAUGAGGCUCAGGACAGGUAGGCCCCAGGAAGUGGUGUUUUUCCUGUCCAAGGUCACAGUGAGAUGGAUCAGAGAGUGUCUGUGUGUUUUGUUCAAUACAACUACUUUAACAUGUAUUAUUUCUAUGCUCCAGAGCAUUAAGUUAGAAAGGUUCAUUUAUAUAUUACAUUUUUUCUUUCCCUUGAUCAUUAUAUAGUUUUUCCACUAGGCCAAAUUUAAAGUCAGUGGAAAAUCAAGCUGAUUUGGCUGAUUUGGUGUAAAGUAAUAGAACCUGGAUAAGAUUGAACCGCUAAUAAUUAAGCAGAAUUUAGUUCAAUAGGAAAGGAACUGGGUGGCAACCCCAGGCCAAACUCUGGCUCAGAAAAACUGAUUCUCAACCACUGUUGUGUUUCAAAGAGUGGCGUCCAAACUUUUUGGGGCGUUUGGGGAGGGGUGGAACAGUGCCUACAGAAAGUGUACACCCCCCUUGAACUUUUCACAUUUCACAUCAGUGCGAUUGAAAUAGAUUGAAUUUCUUAAAAAAUGUAAUUGAUCUACAAAAUGUUCCAGAAUGUCUAAAUGAAAAUACAAUUAUACAAAUGUGUACAAAUUAAUAAAAACUAAAUAACUAAAAUAUAGUCAUUACAUAAGUGUUCACCCCCUUUGUUUAGGCAAGCCUAAAUGAGUUCAAGAGUACAAUUUGGCUAACAAAUCAUGUAUUAAACCCAGACACAUCAAAGAUGCAGUUGUCCUUCUGAACUGAGCUGCAGGACAGGAAGGAAACUGCUUAGGGAUGUCACCAUGAGGCCAUUGGUGAUUUUUAAACGGCUACAGAGUUCAAGGGCUGUGAUGAGAGAACUGAGGAUGGAUCAACAACAUUGUACUGACUCGACAAUAAUGACCUAAAUGACAGAGUGAAAAGAAGAAUACAAAUAUACAGAGUAUUCCAAAACAUGCAUAUGUAUGCAACAAGGCACUAAAGUAAUACUGGAAGAAGGAAAAAACAUGGCAAAGGAAUACACUUUUUGGCCUAAAUGCAAAGCCUUACGUUUGGGACAACACAUCACUGAGUAACUGCCUCCUUAUGCUCAGUCAUGGUGGUGGCUGCAUCAUGUUAUGGGUAUGCUUGAUAUCGGCAAAGACUGGGGAGUUUUUAAAGAUGAAAAAAAAAAAAACAGGAUGGAGCUAAGCACGGGCAAAAUCCUAGAGGAAACCCUGCUUCAGUCUGCUUUAAUUCACCUUUAAGCAGGACAAUGACCUACAACACAAAGCCAAAUCUACACUGGAGUUGCUUACCAAGAAGACUGUGAAUGUUCCUGAGUGGCCAAGUUACAGUUUUGACUUAAAUCUGCUUCUAAAUCUAUGGCAAGACUUGAAAAUUGCUGCUCUAGCCAUGAUCCCCAACACCUUGACAGAGCUUGAAUAAUUUUUUUAAGGGGCAGAUAUUGCACAAUACAGGUGUGCAAAGCUUUUAUGAGACUUACCCAAGAAGACUCACAGCUGUGAUCGCUGCCAAAGGUGUUUCUAACAUGUAUUGACUCAGGGGGUUGAAUACUUAUCUAAUCAAAGUAAAUUCUUUAUUUUAUUUUAUUAAUCAUAAAAAUAAUGUUAUUUAUUACCAACAGAGAAUUAGGUCGCCAGAGAAUGGUAAUCCAUGCUGCUGAACUAGCACCUCACGGGAACAAUAGCCUGCUUUGUCUGGCAGCGGUGGACUCAGGACUGCUUUUAAAUAGGUGGCUGUUAAGGGGGCUGUUUGACGCCAUUGUCUCCCCCCAUCGUUGAGUUUUGGAAGCCUGAUUGGAUUUCUGAAACUCUCCCUCUCUUACCUCUCUUAUCCGUCGCCCCCUCCUGGGUAUGUUUAUACCAGGAAUAAUUUGUCGGAAUUCGCUUGUUUCUCGCAGAAGCCACCUUGGAAUGGUCUGCUUGGGGAAGUUAGUCAGUCUGUCAGUCAUGCAGCAAUAACUCUUGUUCUAUAAUACGGCCCCACCGUCUCCCCUCUCAGCCUCACCCCUAUAACCCCCACCGUCUCCCCUCUCAGCCUCACCCCUAUAACCCCCACUGUCACCCCUCUCAGCCUCACCCCUAUAACCCCCACGUCUCCCCUCUCAGCCUCACCCCUACAACCCCCACUGUCCCCCUCUCCAGCCUCACCCCUAUAACCCCCACCGUCUCCCCUCUCAGCCUCACCCCUACAACCCCCACUGUCUCCCCUCUCAGCCUCACCCCUACAACCCCCACUGUGUCCCCUCUCAGCCUCACCCCUACUAACCCCACUGUCUCCCCUCUCAUGCUCACCCCUAAACCCCCACUGUCUCCCCUCAGCCUCACCCCUACAACCCCCACCGUCCUCCCCUCUUAGCCUCACCCCUACAACCCCCCCCUGUCUCCCCUCUCUCGCCUCACCCCUACAACCCCCACCGUCUCCCCUCUCAGCCUCACCCCUACAACCCAUAUCGCCUCCCUCUCACCCCGGUUCCUCUCCCCAGGUCCCCUUCUCUCCCUCCAUUUCUCCCUGUUUGUUUCCAGAUGAGCAGCUAACGGCGAGAUAGAGGCAUUUCUUAGCAUUAAGUAGUGUGACACUGGGGUUACGAUCUGUUGAGGUGUGUGUGUGAGCACUGUAGACUAGAGCGAGAUUGGAUGAGGGCCUUUUAGCUCAUGUCUAAAACCGAUACAGAACGUGUGGAGGAGAUGGCUGCUCGGUCCCUGGCUGCUCAGCGGCGGCUGUUUUGUGAAUGAACUGGCAAGUCCCUUUUUGCUCGGUCCCUGGCUGCUUGGUCCCUGGCUGCUUGGUGGCGGCUGUUUUGUGAAUGAAUUCCUGAAAGGCAAUGCUAUCAGAGCUCGGCAGAUCAGCUCUCUGUAUCAGAGGAGAAGAGAGAAAGACACUCACUGCGCCUUACCACAAAACACUUCCACUACACAACCACUUCCUCUCUCUCUCCCCGUUUCUCUCUCUCCCUUUUGUUUCUCUUGUCACUCACUCCUCCCUUUCGUACACACUCCCUUUCUUGCUCUCUCUCUCUCCCCUUCUCACUCGCUUCCUGUCUUUUUUCAAUUAGGCACUCUACCAAUCUUUUAUUGACCAAUGUUGACAUCUUUGAGAGAGAGAGAGAGAGAGAGACAGAGAGAGAGAGAAGAGAGAGAGAUAUGAGAGAGAGAGAUAGAGAGAGAGCGAAUGAGAGAUCUAGAGAGAGAGAGAGCUCGCGCUAGAGUAGAGGUAGAGACGAGCACUCUCGCUCUCUCUCUCUCUCUCUUCAUUCUCUCUCUUCCUUGCUCUCCUCCUCUCUUCCGCUCUCGACUCUCUCUCUAGCUCUCGCUGCCCUCUCUUCUCGCCUCUCUCUACUCCUCUCUCUCAGCGCCAGCAGGUCAAACAUGAAGUUGGUACUCCAGCCAUGUUGUUGUGCUGUUAGAGCUCUAAACUACAAAGGGAAGAGGGGGAUGAGGAAGUAUCCCAGCUAGCUACUGCAGAUGAGGGCCGUUACAUCAUCUAAUUCCCCAAUAAGCCUUUGGCUUCAUUUAAUGAAUUAUCAAAUUGAAUUUAGAGAAUUAUACAAAUCCCUGGAUAUCUGCACUCAUUCAAAAUGUAUCAUUCUAUUUCAAGGUGUUGUUUGAUAGUUGUUAAACAUCAGAAGGAAUUAUUAUCAUAAUUGGGUUUUACUGUACUUGGGGAGCGUACUGCAGAAACUGAUGUCUAAAUCACCUCUUAUUAUUUCAUGGCUUCAAAGGAAUCAGACCCAUAGAAGUAUAAUCUCUUCUAUUUCUGUGAUCACAUUGGUUGUGAAUAAAACCCCAUUCACAGACAGUUGGACUGUAAGUUGGCGUUCAAGUGAGAGAUUCCCUAGCAACCGGUGAUCCACAUGAUGCUGUGGUCCUGGUGAAUGGCUCUUUCAGACGUGAUCCAUUACUUCUCCUUGAGCUGAGGAGCGGUCUCCAAAGCUGCUUGGCCCAUGUUUACUUUGGAUGGAAAAUCAGUUCCUCUGGGUAGGGCUGUGGCGGUCAUGAAAUGUUGUCAUCUGGUUAUUGUCAUGCAAAAAGACUGCCGUCUCACGGUAAUUGACCGUUAAUUAAUAUUAAUUAGUCUAAGGCACUGCAUCGCAGUGCUAGCUGUGCCAUUAGAGAUCCUGGUUCGAAUCCAGGCUCUGUCGUAGCCGGCCGCGACCGGGAGACCCAUGGGGCGGCGCACAAUUGGCUGAGCGUCGUCCAGGGUAGGGGAGGGAAUGGCCGGCAGGGAUGUAGCUCAGUUGGUAGAGCAUGGCGUUUUCAACGCCAGGGUUGUGGGUUCGAUUCCCACGGGGGGCCAGUAUGAAAAAGAAAAAAAGAAAAAAAAAAUGUAUGUAGUCUCUAACUGAAAGUCGCUCUGGAUAAGGGCGUCUGCUAAAUGACUAAAAUGUCAAAUGUAAAUGUAACACUUUUAGCAUCUCCAGGCCUCCAUGCAUACAAGCCGCUGAUGCGCGCCUUUGGAACAUCUACGUUUUAAAAAGUAGAAUAAAUCAAUGUAAUAUACACCAUCACAAUAAAUCCCUUUUUUUAUUUUAGUCAGGUCUAAAGAAACAUUAUGAUAUGAAGAAAAUGUAUUUCAGAAGAACAGAAUAGGAGUUGGCCUACUGUAUGUUAUCUGGCUAUGCUCCAUGCCAUAGGCUGUAGGCUUGUUCAUUUAGCAGACAAGAUAUGCUUAUAAGUCCCCUGACAUUAUUUUAUAUUAUAUGAUUUUGUAUAAGAAGAAUAUCAUAUAACUUAGCUGAAUAAAAUAUAAAUAAUAUUAUUCCCAUUCCAGAGCGAGUGCGCAUAUGAAGUGGCUAUGUUGAGUGUAAAAGUGAUCAUUUGAAACAGGUCCUAUAUGCUAGAUUGAGUUAUUUAGCAACUUUAGUUGUGAAUGAUACAAACCUUAAAAAUCUAAACAUAUAUGGGCAACUAUGGGCUGCACAAUGCAACUAUAGGCUAUAGAUGAUUAGACAAAGUUGCAACAAAAAAAAAGCUUGAUCAUAUAUUCACCCAUCAGACUAUUCUCAAUUUAAUAUUUUCUUUACUAAUAUGUAAAAUAUAUUUUGAUUUAGAAUGGCCCAUUUAUCAAAUGGUCAGGAACAGGGGCAGGGGAAAAAGACAUGUCAUCCAUAUGCACUCGAAUAGCGAAUGGAGGCCACUGGUUCGUUUUUUUUUUCACUCAAACCUCGUAGGCUACGCAGGUUAUUUCACUCCACACAUCACCCACUGUUUUAAGGAGCCUGCAGCCUCUCGCUGUGCAACAGGUGAUAUUCUGCCCAAACUCUGUAUGCCAUGGGGCUCUCCAACCCUGUUCCUCCAGCUACCCAGUGCUCUGUAUGCCAUGGGGCUCUCCAACCCUGUUCCUCCAGCUACCCAGUACUCUGUAUGCCAUGGGGCUCUCCAACCCUGUUCCUCCAGCUACCCAGUGCUCUGUAUGCCAUGGGGCUCUCCAACCCUGUUCCUCCAGCUACCCAGUACUCUGUAUGCCAUGGGGCUCUCCAACCCUGUUCCUGCAGCUACCCAGUACUCUGUAUGCCAUGGGGCUCUCCAACCCUGUUCCUCCAGCUACCCAGUACUCUGUAUGCCAUGGGGCUCUCCAACCCUGUUCCUCCAGCUACCCAGUACUCUGUAUGCCAUGGGGCUCUCCAACCCUGUUCCUCCAGAUACCCAGUACUCUGUAUGCCGUGGGCUCUCCAACCCUGUUCCUCCAGCUACCCAGUACUCUGUAUGCCAUGGGCUCUCCAACCCUGUUCCUCCAGCUACCCAGUACUCUGUAUGCCAUGGGCUCUCCAACCCUGUUCCUCCAGCUACCCAGUACUCUGUAUGCCAUGGGCUCUCCAACCCUGUUCCUCCAGCUACCCAGUGCUCUGUAUGCCAUGGGGCUCUCCAACCCUGUUCCUGCAGCUACCCAGUACUCUGUAUGCCAUGGGGCUCUCCAACCCUGUUCCUCCAGCUACCCAGUACUCUGUAUGCCAUGGGGCUCUCCAACCCUGUUCCUCCAGCUACCCAGUACUCUGUAUGCCAUGGGCUCUCCAACCCUGUUCCUCCAGCUACCCAGUACUCUGUAUGCCGUGGGCUCUCCAACCCUGUUCCUCCAGAUACCCAGUACUCUGUAUGCCGUGGGCUCUCCAACCCUGUUCCUCCAGCUACCCAGUACUCUGUAUGCCAUGGGCUCUCCAACCCUGUUCCUCCAGCUACCCAGUACUCUGUAUGCCAUGGGCUCUCCAACCCUGUUCCUCCAGCUACCCAGUACUCUGUAUGCCAUGGGCUCUCCAACCCUGUUCCUCCAGAUACCCAGUACUCUGUAUGCCAUGGGCUCUCCAACCCUGUUCCUCCAGCUACCCAGUACUCUGUAUGCCAUGGGCUCUCCAACCCUGUUCCUCCAGAUACCCAGUGCUCUGUAUGCCAUGGGCUCUCCAACCCUGUUCCUCCAGCUACCCAGUACUCUGUACGCCAUGGGCUCUCCAACCCUGUUCCUCCAGCUACCCAGUGCUCUGUAUGCCAUGGGGCUCUCCAACCCUGUUCCUGCAGCUACCCAGUACUCUGUAUGCCAUGGGGCUCUCCAACCCUGUUCCUCCAGCUACCCAGUACUCUGUAUGCCAUGGGGCUCUCCAACCCUGUUCCUCCAGCUACCCAGUACUCUGUAUGCCAUGGGCUCUCCAACCCUGUUCCUCCAGAUACCCAGUACUCUGUAUGCCGUGGGCUCUCCAACCCUGUUCCUCCAGAUACCCAGUACUCUGUAUGCCGUGGGCUCUCCAAACCCUGUUCCUCCAGCUACCCAGUACUCUGUAUGCCAUGGGCUCUCCAACCCUGUUCCUCCAGCUACCCAGUACUCUGUAUGCCAUGGGCUCUCCAACCCUGUUCCUCCAGAUACCCAGUACUCUGUAUGCCAUGGGCUCUCCAACCCUGUUCCUCCAGCUACCCAGUACUCUGUAUGCCAUGGGCUCUACAACCCUGUUCCUCCAGCUACCCAGUACUCUGUAUGCCAUGGGCUCUCCAACCCUGUUCCUCCAGAUACCCCAGUACUCUGUAUGCCAUGGGGCUCUCCAACCCUGUUCCUCCAGCUACCCAGUACUCUGUAUGCCAUGGGGCUCUCCAACCCUGUUCCUCCAGCUACCCAGUACUCUGUAUGCCAUGGGCUCUCCAACCCUGUUCCUCCAGCUACCCAGUACUCUGUAUGCCAUGGGCUCUCCAACCCUGUUCCUCCAGAUACCCAGUACUCUGUAUGCCAUGGGCUCUCCAACCUGUUCCUCCAGCUACCCAGUACUCUGUAUGCCAUGGGCUCUCCAACCCUGUUCCUCCAGAUACCCAGUACUCUGUAUGCCGUGGGCUCUCCAACCCUGUUCCUCCAGCUACCCAGUACUCUGUAUGCCAUGGGCUCUCCAACCCUGUUCCUCCAGCUACCCAGUACUCUGUAUGCCGUGGGCUCUCCAACCCUGUUCCUCCAGCUACCCAGUACUUUGUAUGCCAUGGGCUCUCCAACCCUGUUCCUCCAGCUACCCAGUACUCUGUAUGCCAUGGGCUCUCCAACCCUGUUCCUCCAGCUACCCAGUACUCUGUAUGCCAUGGGCUCUCCAACCCUGUUCCUCCAGCUACCCAGUACUCUGUAUGCCAUGGGCUCUCCAACCCUGUUCCUCCAGAUACCCAGUACUCUGUAUGCCAUGGGCUCUCCAACCCUGUUCCUCCAGAUACCCAGUACUCUGUAUGCCGUGGGCUCUCCAACCCUGUUCCUCCAGCUACCCAGUACUCUGUAUGCCAUGGGCUCUCCAACCCUGUUCCUCCAGCUACCCAGUACUCUGUAUGCCGUGGGCUCUCCAACCCUGUUCCUCCAGCUACCCAGUACUCUGUAUGCCAUGGGCUCUCCAACCCUGUUCCUCCAGCUACCCAGUACUCUGUAUGCCAUGAGCUCUCCAACCCUGUUCCUCCAGCUACCCAGUACUCUGUAUGCCAUGGGGCUCUCCAACCCUGUUCCUCCAGAUACCCAGUACUCUGUAUGCCAUGGGCUCUCCAACCCUGUUCCUCCAGCUACCCAGUACUCUGUAUGCCAUGGGCUCUCCAACCCUGUUCCUCCAGCUACCCAGUACUCUGUAUGCCAUGGGGCUCUCCAACCCUGUUCCUGCAGCUACCCAGUGCUUAAUUUGGGAAACCAAGUGAAAUCUGUUCGGGAACGUCGAUAGUAACAUGUUUUUUCACAACGAAACAAAUGUCAUUGUACUGUUGACUCUGCCCGCUGGAAAAAGGAAUGAAGGAGAGAGGGAAGGGGAUAGAAAUGCACGGUGGUGAGAUAUUCUAUAGCUAAAGGUAAUGUCAGCCUAUUAACUAUGAAAAUAUUUUUUAAAAAUGCCCUAUUACUCGGCUAUUCAAAAUCAAAUACAAAGUCACUGUAAUUCUAGACUUACUCUGAAUGUGUUUAAUUUUGGAGUAUAGGCUAGACUAAUUAUGUACCAAAGACAUCUUAAAUAACAAAUAAUAAUAAAUAUUAUUUUUCUGCCGUGUGUAAUAUGUAGUAGACUAUGUAUUGUAUAACGGCACAACCAUUUUAAAUUCAGGGUUAUUUUUUCGGGCUUGGGCUCAUAUACGGAAAGUAUUCAGACCCCUUGACUUUUUCCACAUUUUGUUACGUUACAGCCUUAUUCUAAAAUGGAUUAAAUUGAUUUUUUUUCUACUCAUCAAUCUACACACAGUACCCCAUAAUGACAAAGCAAAAAAACCGUUUUUUUUAUAGAUUUUUGCUAAUUUAUAACAAAACAAAAAUGGAAAUAUCACAUUUACAUAAGUAUUCAGACCCUUUACUCAGUACUUUGUUGAAGCACCUUUGGCAUUGAUUACAGCCUCGAGUCUUCUUGGGUAUGACGCUACAAGCUUGGCACACCUGUAUUUGGGGAGUUUCUCCCAUUCUUCUCUGCAAAUCGGCUCAAGCUCUGUCAGGUUGGAUGGGGAGCGUCGCUGCACAGCUAUUUUCAGGUCUCUCCAGAGAUGUUCGAUCGGGUUCAAGUCCAGGUUCUGGCUGGGCCACUCAAGGAAAUUCAGAGAUUUGUCCCGAAGCCACUCCUGUGUUGUCUUUGCUGUGUGCUUAGGGUCGUUGUCCUGUUGGAAGGUCAACCUUCGCCCCAGUCUGAGGUUCUGAGCGCUCUGGAGCAGGUUUUCAUCAAGGAUCUCUCUGUACUUUGCUCCGUUCAUCUUUCCCUUGAUCCUGACUAGUCUCCCAGUCCCUGCCACUGAAAAAUAUCCCCACAGCAUGAUGCUGCCACCACCAUGCUUCACCGUAGGGAUGGUGCCAGGUUUCCUUCAGACGUGACGCUUGGCAUUCAGGCCAAAGAGUUGAAUCUUGGUUUCAUCAGACCAGAGAAUCUUGUUUCUCAUGGUCUGAGAGUCUUUAGGUGCCUUUUGGCUCCAAGCGGGAUAUCAUGUGCUUUUUACUGAGGAGUGGCUUCUGUCUGGCCACUCUACCAUAAAGGCCUGAUUGGUGGAGUGCUGCAGAGAUGGUUGUCCUUCUGGAAGGUUCUCCCAUCUCCACAGAGGAACUCUAGAGCUCUGUCAGAGUGACCAUCGGGUUCUUGGUCACCUCCCUGACCAAGGCCCUUCUCCCCUGAUUGCUCAGUUUGGCCGGGGGCCAGCUCUAGGAAGAGUCUUGGUAGUUGCAAACUUCUUCCAUUUAAGAAUGAUGGAGGCCACUAGGUUCUUGGGGACCUUCAAUGCUGCAGACAUUUUUUGGUACCCUUCCUCAGAUCUGUUCCUUCGGCACUAUCCUGUCUCUGCGGUCUACAGUACAGUUCCUUCGACCUCAUGGCUUGGUUUUUGCUCUGACAUGCACUGUCAACUGUGGGACCUUAUAUAGACAGAUUUGUGCCUUUCCAAAUAAUGUCCAAUCAAUUGAAUCUACCACAGGUGGACUCCAUCAAGUUGUAAAAACAUCUCAAGGAUGAUCAAUGGAAACAGGAUGCACCUGAGCUCAAUUUCAUGUCUCAUAGCAAAGGGUUUGAAUACUUAUGUAAAUAAGGUAUUUCUGUUUUGUAAUUUUUAUAAAUUGGCAAACAUUUCUAAAAACCUGUUUUCACUUUGUCAUUAUGGGGUAUUGUGUGUAGAUUGCUGAGGACAUUUAUUUUUAAAUCCAUUUUAGAAUAAGGCUGUAACAUAACAAAAUGUGGAAAAAGUCAAGGGGUCUGAAUACUUUCCUAAGGCACUGUAUAGGCCUAUGCAUAAGCUCUGUUUUGAAUUAAUCUUCACCUUAGAAAGCGCUGUCCAGGCUUUGAAACAACAUCCAACACGACCAUGUUUUCCACUCAGUUUCAACCCGUUGUUGAACUUCUUUCUUCAAAUUGAUCGAUCACAGUGUGGUGAGUUUUAAAAAGCACGAUACUGUUUUGAUGAGUGUUUGAACACUCAAACACCUUUGGGAUGAAUUGGAACGCCGACUGCGAGCCAAGGCCUAAUCGCCCAACACCAGUACCCGACCUCACUAAUGCUCUUGUGGCUGAAUGGAAGCAAGUCCCCGCAGCAAUGUUCCAACAUCUAGUGGAAAGCCUUCCCAGAAGAGUGGAGGAUGUUAUAGCAGCAAAGGGGGAGACCAACUCCAUAUUAAUGCCUAUGAUUUUGGAAUGAGAGAUGUUCGACGAGCAGGUGUCCACAUACCUAUUUAGAUGUAGUGUAGUUCAACCUCUUUUCUCCUUUGUCCGCGCCUCUUGUAAAAUUCCUUCUUUUCAGAAGAGCAUGAACGGGCCUACUCGUCCCAGGGCUGUCACAAACAUCCAAGGCAUUUUGAUAUAGAGGUGACAAGAGAAAAUGUUUCUGUUCUGGGGACGUUGUUCACCUGUUGGGUAAUGAAGUGACGUGGGCCUGAAAGAACAUUAAAGUUUGGGCAUGUCUUGAGGAAUAUCUCAAACUUGACAGCACUGAUUUUGGAUCACACAGACAAGUUAUUUCAUUCCUUUUCUUGGAUUAAAUUCCAUUUCCUUAUUAGCUAGCUUAUUGUGACGGCGCCAUGUGUAAUGGGUGUGACAGUGUUCCGUAACGGGUGUGUGUGUAUGUUUCCCUCUCUGCAGGUUGAACUGUACUCCGUGCGCGGGGCUGUGUCCUAAGAUGUGUGCGGGGGUGAAGACAGUAGACUCUGUGACAGCAGCCCAGGCUCUGAGAGGAUGCACCGUGCUCAACGGCAGCCUGGUCAUCAAGAUCCGUGGAGGAAGUAAGUACAGUACACCCUCACUACCAACCAACCCCCACUACCAACCACCCCCACUACCAAACCAACCACCCUCACUACCAACCAACCACCCUCACACACACCACCCUCCCAACACCAACUACAACCACACCACCCUCACUACCACCACCACCCCCCACUAACCAACCACCACCACUCCCUACAACACACCAACCACACCCUACACACCAAAACCCAACCACCACUCACUACCAACCACCCCCCUCACUACCAACCCACUCACACAACCAACCAACCCUCACUCCCAAACCACCCACCCACCCCACUCCCCAACCACCACCUCACUACCCACACCCACUCAACCAACCACCCCCCCACCCUACCAAACACACUCCACCCCCACACAACCACCCACCCACCACCAUACCACCACCCCUCCACCACUCCCACACCAACCACCCACUACACCACCCACAGCACCUCCAAACACCCCCUACCACCCCCCACUACCACCACUCCCCCCCCAAACCACCUACACCACCACACAACCCACUCUCACUUCCACACGCACAUCCAGUCACCUCCACCGACACUACCAAACAACCCUCACUACAACACUACACCUCCACCACACCCUCAUAACGCCAAUACCUACGCACACCCCAACCACCCAGACCAACACUCUCCACUCCAACCACCCUUACUACCACCACCCACGUCACCCCCGCACCUAACCACACUCUCUAGCCCACCCCACUACACCACCCCCCACUACCACCCCCCCUUCAACCAACCCCCACUACCACCUACCCUCACUACCACCACCCCUACCAACCACCCCUCACUGACCACCACCCCAACUACCACACCACCCACCCCACUCCAACCACCCCACCCACCACCCCCUACCACCCACCCCCUCCCCCUCCACUACCAACCCCCCUCACACCACCACCCCACUACCACCCCUCCUCCAACCACCCCUCACUACCAACCACCCCACUACCCAAUAUAUAAUUUGGUCACUUAACAGACUCUCUUAUUGAUAUUUCCAGGUGUUCAAAAUGCUUCAUAUUGAAAGGAAUUGAAACUCACCUCAUCCACUACCUGAACUGACUGUUUCCUCUCGCUACAUCAGUCAAUAUAGCAGCAGAGGUUGACUGAUUGACUGACUUACUGUUUCCUCUCAUAGCAGCAGAGGUUAACUGACUGACUGUUUCCUCUCAUAGCAGCAGAGGUUAACUGACUGACUGUUUCCUCUCAUAGCAGCAGAGGUUAACUGACUGACUGUUUCCUCUCAUAGCAGCAGAGGUUAACUAACUGACUGACUUACUGUUUCCUCUCAUAGCAGCAGAGGUUAACUGACUGACUUGACUGACUGUUUCCUCUCAUAGCAGCAGAGGUUAACUGACUGACUGUUUCCUCUCAUAGCAGCAGAGGUUAACUGACUGACUUGACUGACUGUUUCCUCUCAUAGCAGCAGAGGUUAACUGACUGACUUGACUGACUGUUUCCUCUCAUAGCAGCAGAGGUUAACUAACUGACUGACUUACUGUUUCCUCUCAUAGCAGCAGAGGUUAACUAACUGACUGACUGACUGUUUCCUCUCAUAGCAGCAGAGGUUAACUGACUGACUGACUGACUGUUUCCUCUCAUAGCAGCAGAGGUUAACUGACUGACUGUUUCCUCUCAUAGCAGCAGAGGUUAACUGACUGACUGUUUCCUCUCAUAGCAGCAGAGGUUAACUGACUGACUGUUUCCUCUCAUAGCAGCAGAGGUUAACCCAUUACAGUCUAAUCCCUGUCUAAACCGGGGGAGAUGUAUACAGAGCAUUCGGAAAGUAUUCAGACCCUUGACUUUUUCCACAUUUUGGUACAUUACAGCCUUAUUCUAGAAUGGAUUAAAUUAUUUUUCCCCCCUCAUCAAUCUACACACAAUACACCCAUAAUGACAAAGCGAAAAAAAAAUAGCAUUAAAAAAUACCCUUUGCUAUGGGACAUGAAAUUGAGCCCAGGAGCAUCCUGUUUCCAUCGAUCAUCCUUGAGAUGUUUUUACAACUUGAUUGUAGUCCACCUGUGGUAAAUUCAAUUGAUUGGACAUGAUUUGGAAAGGCAGAAAUCUGUCUAUAUAAGGUCCCACAGUUGACAGUGCAUGUCAGAGCAAAAACCAAGCCAUGAGGUCGAAGGAAUUGUCCGUAGAGCGCAGAGACAGGAUUAUGUCGAGGCACAGAUCUGAGGAAAGGUACCAAAACAUUUCUGCAGCAGGUCCCCAAGAACAUAGUGGCCAUCAUUCUUAAAUGUAAAAAGUUUGGAACCACCAAGACUCUUACUAGAGCUGGCCGCCCGGCCAAACUGGGCAAUUGGGGGAGAAGGGCCUUGGUCAGGGAGGUGACAAGAACCCGAUGGUCACUCUGACAGAGCUCCAGAGUUCCUCUGUGGAGAUGGGAGAACCUUCCAGAAGGACAACCAUCUCUGCAGCACUACACCAAUCAGGCCUUUAUGGUAGAGUGGCCAAACGGAAGCCACUCCUCAGUAAAAGGCACAUGACAGCCCGCUUGGAGUACAAAAGUAUUCAGACCCUUUACUCAGUACUUUGUUGAAGCACCUUUGGCAGCAAUUACAGCCUAGAGUCUUCUUGGGUAUGACGCUACAAGCUUGGCACACCUGUAUUGGGGAGUUUCUCCCAUUCUCCUCUGCAGAUCCUCUCAAGCUUUGUCAGGUUGGAUGGGGAGCGUCGCUGCACAGCUAUUUUCAGGUCUCUCCAGAGAUGUUCGAUCGGGUUCAAGUCCGGGCACUUGUCACAAAGCCACACCUGCGUUGUCUUGGCUGUGUGCUAAGGGUCAUUGUCCUGUUGGAAGGUGAACCUUCGCCACAGUCUGAGGUCCUGAGCGCUCUGGAGCAGGUUUUCAUCAAAGUUAAGGGGUCUGAAUACUUUCCGAAGGCACUGUAUACUUCCAUUCAUUUUUGCAACUGACAUGUACGUGUUUGUGAGAGUCUCACCUUUCCACAGAGGGGUAUGUUACUGUGUAGCCCAAACCGUUUGGACGCUACAGACAGAAGUUGGCAGAUCGUCUGUAUCGACUUCAGACGAGUCCCAAGUCGCUUGUGGUGGUCGUAGAGCAAAACGGAGACCACCAUGGUGUUCGUGAGAGUGUCAUCUUUCAUAACAAACACCGCUCUAGCUCUGUCACCUUUCACCGCAGAUGCGGAAGUGUGACAUCAGCUGAAGCGAGGGAUUGAGACGCAUCCAACGAAAAACAGAUACCUCUAGCUUAAACUGACAGAUUUUUAUGGAGAUAUUUUUAUUAUGCUAAUUAUAUUUCAGCGGGGGCGCGGACAUCGACUCUAGGGGGUUAAGUAACUAACUGACUGUUUCCUCUCAUAGCAGCAGAGGUUUAACUGAUUGACUGACUGUCUGUUUCCUGUCUCUACAUCAGACAACAUAGCAGCAGAGCUGGAGGCUAACCUGGGUCAACUAGAGGAGAUAACAGGCAACCUGACCAUCAAGAGAGCCUACGCCCUCGUCUCUCUCUCCUUCCUCCGCAAGCUACGCGUCAUCCGGGGAGAGACGCUGACCCAAGACGGGUAGGUCUCGGGUAGUAGUGUACUAUAUAGGGAAAAGGGUACCAUAUCAGAUUUGGGUUUGAAACGUUGUCCGAAUUAACAUUGUACUUCGGAGCAUAGACCAGUGUGCAGAUUUAUAUGAAUGUUUUGUUCUACUGCUUUAGGGCUGACUCAUUUGUUCAUUUUCUCAAACUCUCUCUCUAUCAGGAACUACUCGUUCUACGCCUUGGACAACCAGAACCUGCGUCAGCUGUGGGACUGGAACAAACACAACCUGACUAUCCUCCAGGGGCGCAUGUUCUUCCUUCACAACUCCAAGCUGUGCAUGUCUGAGAUCCGCAAGAUGGAGGAGGUGACGGGCACUAAGGAGAGAGAAAUCAAGAAUGAAAUCGGCAGGACCAAUGGAGACCAGGCCUCCUGUAAGACCAGCCAACGUGGAACUUUAGACAAAAAUGUCCCAAUUCGGUCUUGUGUAGCAAAAUUUGAAAUUGUGUUUUUUUUUACUUUGGAUAAAAGUAGAGACUCAGAGCUAGAAAACUGUAUAUCAUACACUACAGCUUUGAAAGCUGAUAAACUUGUUACCUCACUUUUGAGAAAAUGGCCCUUGAAUGUUUUGGUACCUACUGGAGAGCUCUUCUUUGUCUACCACCCAUUCAGCAUCGUUCACACCCUCUUAAGCUUUAGCCCCCACCCAUCUCUUUAAGGAUUCACAUGUGAGGCUAUGUACUAAACAACCAAAGAUAUCAAGACUAAAGGCUGGUUUAUACUACGGGUGUGUUUGUAAAUUUAACCUUGGAGUGCCAGAGUGUGCUCUGGGCGUUCGUAAACUCAGAGCGUUGUCAAAUUGUCCGUUCGUAAAUUCAGAGUGUUUUGCUCUCAGAGCGUUCAAAGUGCACACUGGACGCUCUUACCGAGGAGUAGGGUUGAUCCGAGCGUUCUGACCCUAAAAACAGCAGUCAAGCAUCCAAGCUAACGUUGGCUAGCUUGCUAGCUACUUCCAGACACAAAUGAGAGAACAGCUCACUCUGACCGUUUUACUCGCCCUAGCAGAGCUGAUUUGGCAGUUUUUAUAUUAUCCAGAGCAUUGGUGACUGCAACUGUGCUGCUUGCAACAAUUUUAUUACGCUUUUUUGCCAAUGUUUACUGACACCAGCCAUAUUCAACGGGUGUUGAGUGUUUGUAAAUUCGUCAGUUAUUCUGCGCUCUGGCACACUGAGACGAGAGUGCUCUGAAAUCGGAGUAGAAUUUACCAGCUACAUCUAUCGACAGUUGUUGCAGUGACAUCAUAAACAUUCUAUUGAAAUAGUUACUUGCAUAGUGGAGUCUUUUGUUUAGACAUGUAGCUAGCUAAACAAUGAACCAUAUUCCCAACUCGUAACAUUACCACCCUGCAUGAAUCUGCAGGUAGCUAACCAACCAGGUUCAAUGUUAGCUAGCUAACAUUAGGCUAUAACUAGCAAUGCAAAUGGCUCUGAGAUACGAAUAAUAUUACUACACAGAUCAUACACGUAAUGUUAGCAAGCUAGCCAGCCAGCUAACGUUAGCUAGCUAGCUAACAGUACACUUUAACUUGAAAUGAAAACGACUUUCUAACAAAAUUAGAAAUGUGUAAUAUCUGAAAAUGUAGCUAGCUAGACUAUCUUACCCGGAUACAUGGAUGGACGCUUCUCCCUCUCUGUCACGGAUGCCAUGAUUGCCCUUAGUUUGAAGAUGUAAUCCGGAGACUGGUAUUUUAUACAACAGCCUUCUGUGUGUUCUCUUUUUGACCUCAUCUGCAUAUUUGCAAUCAAACGCCAGAAACUCGGUCCUCCAGAAAGUGGAGAGCAAUACUUAUGCAGUUCUACUACGUGAUAUCUUUCAAAAAAGUUGCGUUAGAAAGGAUUACCUACACAUACUGACCAGCUCACGUUAUAGACAGAAGCGUGCUACAUGGCAGACCAAUCCGAACUCAUCUCUCGGCAUGUACAGCCCACUCAUUAGCUCAGCCAAUCAUGGCUAGCGGGAAGGUUUCUGUCUUUUUCCGUGGCUAAACCAACUAGGCUCGUAAUUUAACAAUUGUAUUAAUAUUUACAGAUGGCAUACAAGUUUGUUAUUAAGUCACAUGAAAGUUCACAUGUUCCAGAAUUUACUUUAAAAUGGCACUCCUGUGAAGUAGUGACGCACGACAUAUGCCUAGUUUCCUGAAACGAGUGACAUAUAGUCGUCAUGUAGCAGACACUUUUACCCAAAGUGACUUACCGUUAACAUUUACUAUCAAGUUUUUAAUGGUCCUUUAUGGCUCAGUUGAGCAUGGUGCUUGCAACGCCAGGAUUGUGGGUUAGAGUCCCGCUUGGGCCACCCCAUACAAAAAUGGAUGCACGCAUGCAUGACUGUAAGUUGCUUUGGAUAAAUGUGGUCAGUAGGUCAGUCGUCCACUCUGUAUUUACGGUGUAGCACUGAGCUGUUUUAGUUACCUCUUCUACAACAUUGCUAUUCUCUCACCUCCCUGAUUCUCCCUGAUCACUCCUCUCCUUUAGCUCUGUCUGUCUCUGUUUCUUGGUCCCCAGGUGAGACCCAGAUCCUGUCCUGUUUCUACCAGGGCACAGUGGACACUGUCCCAUAGCAGUGGAGAUCCCUGUCUGGCCAUCAGACUUAGGACCUGCUGGGCGUACAUGUCCUCUACCAGAGGCGUAGAUGUAGGAAACAUUCUGAUGAGAAAUUAGUAACCUUGUCCCAUAGGGCAGGAGCCGAUCUCCUGUUUCUGUAGCCAGAGGCAGCUUAGUGACCUUGUCCCAUAGGGCAGGAGCCGAUCUCCUGUUUCUGUAGCCAGAGGCAGCUUUAGUGACCUUGUCCCACAACAAGUCAGUUCGUCAAAUUUCUACCCUGCUAGAGCUGCCCUGGUCAACUGUAAGUGUUGUUAUUGUGAAGUGGAAACAUCUAGGGUCAACAACGGCUUAACCGCGAAGGGGUAGGUUAUACAAGCUCACAGAACGGGACCGCCGAGUGCUGAAGCGCGUAGCGCGUAAAAAUCAUCUGUCCUCGGUUGCAACACUCACUACCGAGUUCCAAACUGCCUCUGGAAGCAACGUCAGCACAAUAAUUGUUAGACCGGAGCUUCAUGAAAUGGGUUUCCAAGCCAAGCCAAGCGUCGGCUGGAGUGAAGUAAAGCUCACCGCCAUUGGAUUCUGGAGCAGUGGAAACGCGUUCUCUGGAGUGAUGAAUCACGCUUCACCAUCUUGCAGUCCAACGGACAAAUCUGGGUUUGCCGGAUGCCAGAAAAAUGCUACCUGCUUGAAUGCAUAGUGCCAACUGUAAAGUUUGGCGGGAAGGAAUAAUGGUCUGGGGCUGUUUUUCAUGGUUUGGGCUAGGCCCCUUAGUUCCAGUGAAGGAAAAUCUUAAUGCUACAGCAUACAAUGACAUUGUAGACGAUUCUGUGCUUUCGUCUUUGUGGCAACAGUUUGGGGAAGGCCUUUUCCUGUUUCAGCAUGCACAAAGCGAGGACCAUACAGAAAUGGUUUGUCGAGAUCGGUGUGAAAGAACUUGACUGGCAUGCACAGAGCCCUGACCUCAACCCCAUCGAACACCUUUGGGAUGAAUUGGAACGCCGACUGCGAGCCAGGCCUAAUCGCCCAACAUCAGUGCCCGACCUCACUAAUGCUCUUGUGGCUGAAUGGAAGCAAAUCCCCGCAGCAAUGUUCCAACAUCUAGUGGAAAGCCUUCCCAGAAGAGUGGAGGAUGUUAAAGCAGCAAAGGGGGCACCAACUCAUGAAACAUGGGACCAACACAUUACAUGUUGUUUAUAUUUUUGUCCAGUGUAAGUACAAAUAAUUUGCAAAUUGACCGCAAGAAGCUCAAACAGAUAUGUUUGACUAAAACAUAGUCAGUUUAAACCUUGCUUACAUUUGUAUACGAUCACGUCUCUCUAUUAUGUGUGAGAAUAUUUGAGAACAUAUUUCUUAAAUUAAAAUCACUUGGAGCUGAUUUCCUGGUGUUUCACCGUCUUUUAGGUCCAACAAAGAAAAUAAAACUUUUUUUUUUUUGUUGCUCAGAAAGCUUGGGGGGCCAAAAGCUUGGGGGGCCAAAAGCUUGGGGGGCCAAACCCUGCUGUAAGGUGUUCGAAAGUGUUGAAUAGAAAAGGUGUGUAGUUAAAUAGGAGGAGCCUUGACUAGAAUACAGUGUGAAGUGGGUGAAACAGUAUGUAAACAUUAUUAAAGUGACCAGUGUUCAAUGACUGUGUACGUAGGGCAGCAGUCUCUAAGGUGCAGAUUAAUAGUAGCGGCUGGUAGCCGGCUAGUAACAGAAACAGUCACGUCUCUAGUAUUAGUAUGUUAGUGUCUCUCUCUCCUCUCCAUCCCCAGGCCUUAUAAGAACGUGACAGAGUUUGAUGGCCAGGACGCGUGCGGCUCAAACAGCUGGGUGAUAGCUGACGUAGACCCUCCACCACGGGCCACGGAGGGGAAGGAGCAGGUGGAGCCUGGCUUCCUCAUCCAUCCUAUGAAGCCCUGGACCCAGUACGCCAUCAUGGUCAAGACCCAGCUCUCCGCCUCAGACGAACAACAGGCCCACGGGGCCAAGAGCAAGAUCAUCUACGUCCGCACCAACGCCACCAGUGAGUCUCAAACAUAGUCCUCCGUCCUUACAACAUUCUACUACUGAGUCUCGAACAUAGUCCUCCGUCCUUACAACAUUCUACUACUGAGUCUCAAACAUAGUCCUCCGUCCUUACAACAUUCUACUACUGAGUCACAAACAUAGUCCUCCGUCCUUACAACAUUCUACUACUGAGUCUCAAACAUAGUCCUCCGUCCUUACAACAUUCUACUACUGAGUCUCAAACAUAGUCCUCCGUCCUUACAACAUUCUACUAGGGAGUCACGAACAUAGUCCUCCGUCCUUACAACAUUCUACUAGGGAGUCACGAACAUAGUCCUCCGUCCUUACAACAUUCUACUAGGGAGUCACGAAUAUAGUCCUCCGUCCUUACAACAUUCUACUAGGGAGUCACGAACAUAGUCCUCCGUCCUUACAACAUUCUACUAGGGAGUCACGAACAUAGUCCUCCGUCCUUACAACAUUCUACUAGGGAGUCACGAACAUAGUCCUCCGUCCUUACAACAUUCUACUAGGGAGUCACGAACAUAGUCCUCCGUCCUUACAACAUUCUACUAGGGAGUCACGAACAUAGUCCUCCGUCCUUACAACAUUCUACUAGGGAGUCACGAACAUAGUCCUCCGUCCUUACAACAUUCUACUACUGAGUCACGAACAUAGUCCUCCGUCCUUACAACAUUCUACUAGGGAGUCACAAACAUAGUCCUCCGUCCUUACAACAUUCUACUACUGAGUCACGAACAUAGUCCUCCGUCCUUACAACAUUCUACUACUGAGUCUCAAACAUAGUCCUCCGUCCUUACAACAUUCUACUACUGAGUCACGAACAUAGUCCUCCGUCCUUACAACAUUCUACUACUGAGUCACGAACAUAGUCCUCCGUCCUUACAACAUUCUACUAGGGAGUCACGAACAUAGUCCUCCGUCCUUAGAACAUUCUACUACUGAGUCUCAAACAUAGUCCUCCGUCCUUACAACAUUCUACUAGGGAGUCACAAACAUAGUCCUCCGUCCUUACAACAUUCUACUAGGGAGUCACAAACAUAGUCCUCCGUCCUUACAACAUUCUACUAGGGAGUCACGAACAUAGUCCUCCGUCCUUACAACAUUCUACUAGGGAGUCACGAACAUAGUCCUCCGUCCUUACAACAUUCUACUAGGGAGUCACGAACAUAGUCCUCCGUCCUUACAACAUUCUACUACUGAGUCACGAACAUAGUAAUAAUAAAUGCAUAGCCACUGGUGAUGCCAUAGAGUUUUCCAGCCCAUAUCACCUUGAAUAGCAGCAUUUGACAUGUAUUUACCCACACCAAGGUCAAAUCUGCAGCACGGUUAAAAACGGCAUUAACACCAGUAUAAUUUGUAUCCCCAUACUGCUCCAGCAUAAAUAAUACUAGGUAGCACCAAUGAAUCAAACAGUUAAGCGAAACAUUUAAAAGGUAGGCCACCCAUGACUUUACUCUUUACAAUGAUGGCACUAAGGGCACGAUUUACAUGGUUAGCUCUAUGGUUAGCAGACACAGCGUAAUCCUAGAUAAGACUAUAGAAACUGGCUGUUAUCCACCAAUAGGUCCCCCUCCAGCCCCUAGUCUGACCACAAACCCUGCUCUAACUCCUAACGAUGUUGUUGUUGUUGUUUCAGAGCCGUCAGUGCCGCUGGACCCCAUCUCCUCGUCCAACUCGUCCUCUCAGAUCAUCCUGAAGUGGAAGCCCCCCACGGACCCCAACGGGAACAUCACUCACUACCUGGUAUAUUGUCAGCAGCAGCCGGAGGACAGCGACCUCUACAAGUUUGACUACUGUCAGAAAGGUGAGACAACAGAGGAUUGUCAUUAUUCACAUGAUUAUUUCAUAUUACAGUUAAGAAAAGAUCAAUCAAUCAUGUCAGAUGAUCUGAUGGUCUUGUCUGAGGAUCUGUUGACCAUUGAGAAAGGGGUUUUUAGGGUCAUCCCCUAUUUUGGUGCAGAUGUGACCGUUGGGACCAUUGGGAUUCAGUUGGGAUGUGACAGUUGGGACCAUUGGGAUUCAGUUGGGAUGUGACAGUUGGGACCAUUGGGAUUAAGUUGGGAUGUGACAGUUGGGACCAUUCUGAUUCAGUUGGGAUGUGACAGUUGGGACCAUUGGGAUUCAGUUGGGAUGUGACAGUUGGGAUUCUAACUGUCUGUCUGUAGGAAUGAAGCUGCCGUCGCGGGCACCCACCCACCUGGACACUGAAGAGGAGCAUAAAUGGAACCAAACAGACGAGCCUGGGCCAGGGCCAGGGAGCCGCUGCUGCUCCUGCCCCAAAACAGAGACCCAGCUCAAAAAGGAGGCUGAUGAGUCUGAGUACCGCAAGACCUUCGAGAACUACAUCCACAACGAAGUGUUUGAACCCAGGUAUGAUUAUAGCAGAGCUACCUCCAUAAUGAAGUGCUUGGAAACCAGGUAUGAUUAUAGCAGAGUUACACUACAUGAUCAAAAGUAUGUGGACACCUGCUCGUAAAACAUCUCAUUCCAAAAUCAUGGGCAUUAAUAUGGAGUUGGUCUCCCCCUUUGCUGCUAUAACAGCCUCCAUUCUUCUGGGAAGGCUUUCCAAUACAUGUUGCUGCGGGGGCUUGCUUCCAUUCAGCCACAAGAACAUUAGUGAGGUCGGGCAAUGAUGCUGGGAAAAUAGGCCUGGCUCACAGUCAGCGUUCCAAUUCAUCCCCUGUGCAGGCCUGUCAAGUUCUUCCACAUCGAUCUCGACAAACCAUUUCUGUAUGAACCUUACUUUGUGCAUGGGGACAUUGUCAUGCUGAAACAGGAAAGGGCCUUACCCAAACUGUUGUCACAAAGUUGGAAGCACAGAAUCGUCUAGAUUGUAAUUGUAUGCUGUAGCGUUAAGAUUUCCCUUCAUUGGGACUAAGGGGCCUAGCCCAAACCAUGAAAAACAGCCCCAGACCAUUAUUCCUCCUCCACCAAACUUUACAGUUGGCAGUAUGCAUUGGGGCAGGUAGCAUUCUCCUGGCGUCCGCCAAAUCCAGAUUCUUCCUUCGGACUGCCAGAUGGUGAAGUGUGAUUCAUCACUCCAGAGAACGCGUUUCCACUGCUCCAGAGUCCAAUGGCGGCAAGCUUUACACCAAUCCAGCCGACGCUUGGCAUUGCGCAUGGUGAUCUUAGGCUUGUGUGCGGCUGCUCAACCAAGGAAACCCAUUUCAUGAAGCUCCCGACGAACAGUUAUUGUGCUGACGUUGCUUCCAGAGGAAGUUUGGAACUCUGUAGUGAGUAUUGCAACCGAGGACAGAUGAUUUUUAUGUCCUACACGCUUUGAUCUUGUGUGGCCUACCACUUCGCAGCUGAGCCAUUGUUGCUCCUAGAUGUUUUCACUUCAAAAGAAAAGCACUUACAGUUGACCAGGGCAGCUAUAGCAGGGCAGAAAUUUUACAAACUGACUUGUUGGAAAGGUGGCAUCCUAUGACGGUGCCACAUUGAAAGUCACUGAGCUCUUCAAUAAGGCCAUUCUACUGCCAAUGUUUGUCUAUGGAGAUUGCAUGGCUGUGUGCUCCAUUUUAUACACCUGUCAGCAACGGGUGUGGCUGAAAUAGCCGAAUCCACUAAUUUGAAGGGGUGUCCACAUACUUUCGUAUAUAGAGUGUACCUCCAUUCCAAAGUGUUUGAACCCAGGUGUGAUUAUAGCAGAGUUACAUCCACAAAGUGUUUGAGAUCAUAUGAGAACAGUAGUACCGUCACAGUCAGGUGUUGAGAUCAGGUAUGAGAACAGUAGUACCGUCACAGUCAGGUGUUGAGAUCAGGUAUGAGAACAGUAGUACCGUCACAGUCAGGUGUUGAGAUCAGGUAUGAGAACAGUAGUACCGUCACAGUCAGGUGUUGAGAUCAGGUAUGAGAACAGUAGUACCGUCACAGUUAGGUGUUGAGAUCAGGUAUGAGAACAGUAGUACCGUCACAGUUAGGUGUUGAGAUCAGGUAUGAGAACAGUAGUACCGUCACAGUUAGGUGUUGAGAUCAGGUAUGAGAACAGUAGUACCGUCACAGUCAGGUGUUGAGAUCAGGUAUGAGAACAGUAGUACCGUCACAGUUAGGUGUUGAGAUCAGGUAUGAGAACAGUAGUACCGUCACAGUUAGGUGUUGAGAUCAGGUAUGAGAACAGUAGUACCGUCACAGUUAGGUGUUGAGAUCAGGUAUGAGAACAGUAGUACCGUCACAGUCAGGUGUUGAGAUCAGGUAUGAGAACAGUUGUACCGUCACAGUUUGGUGUUGAGAUCAGGUAUGAGAACAGUAGUACCGUCACAGUUAGGUGUUGAGAUCAGGUAUGAGAACAGUAGUACCGUCACAGUUAGGUGUUGAGAUCAGGUAUGAGAACAGUAGUACCGUCACAGUUAGGUGUUGAGAUCAGGUAUGAAAACAGUAGUACCGUCACAGUCAGGUGUUGAGAUCAGGUAUGAGAACAGUAGUACCGUCACAGUUAGGUGUUGAGAUCAGGUAUGAGAACAGUAGUACCGUAACAGUCAGGUGUUGAGAUCAGGUAUGAGAACAGUAGUACCGUCACAGUCAUGUGUUGAGAUAAGGUAUGAGAACAGUAGUACCGUCACAGUCAGGUGUUGAGAUCAGGUAUGAGAACAGUAGUACCGUCACAGUCAGGUGUUGAGAUCAGGUAUGAGAACAGUAGUACCGUCACAGUUAGGUGUUGAGAUCAGGUAUGAGAACAGUAGUACCGUCACAGUCAGGUGUUGAGAUCAGGUAUGAGAACAGUUGUACCGUCACAGUCAUGUGUUGAGAUCUGGUAUGAGAACAGUAGUACCGUCACAGUCAUGUGUUGAGAUCAGGUAUGAGAACAGUAGUACCGUCACAGUUAGGUGUUGAGAUCAGGUAUGAGAACAGUAGUACCGUCACAGUUAGGUGUUGAGAUCAGGUAUGAGAACAGUAGUACCGUCACAGUUAGGUGUUGAGAUCAGGUAUGAGAACAGUAGUACCGUCACAGUCAGGUGUUGAGAUCAGGUAUGAGAACAGUAGUACCGUCACAGUUAGGUGUUGAGAUCAGGUAUGAGAACAGUUGUACCGUCACAGUUUGGUGUUGGACUAAAGACAUAACAAUUAGCUAUACCUCAGAAAUGACCUCAAAGCUCAGGGAACCCUGAGAGAAACUGAGGGCUACCAGCUACGGCACGCUGUAAAUCCGUCAUUGUAUAUAAGAAUUUGUUCUUGACUGACUAGCCUAGUUAAAUAAAGGUUACGUUUUUUAUUUAUUUUUUAAACAAGUUUAUUCUGUUAAUAUGAGGGAAGUGUAUCAGACAGUCUGAUGACAGGUAGACCCUGAACACAGCUGAUCUCUCAUUCCUCCAGAACAACACCUGCUGUAAGCAACUCCUCUGAUAAUAGGUAAGUCAAUGGCGUUCAAGCGCUGGUGUUAAUACCCAGCCCCCCUCACCUUGUCAGCCAAUCAGAGCACAACAACCAGCAGCUCUGUGUCAGUGGUGGUAUAACGUAAUUUGAUGCACUAAUUUGUGGGUGGGUGGCUAUACUAGCUCGCUCCCCCACCUCCCCUCUGUGCUUCCAAUCCUGUGUUUGUCUUCAUUCACACCUAGCAGUGUUCUCGCCUUGCUGGAAAGCUCUGGGAAAAAUGUCUCUCACUCUGUGUGACAAAUGAAAUGCCUGCUCAACCCAAGCGUGACGAUGGAGCGUCAGGGCUGUGGGUGGAGCUGGGAAGAAGAUGGAGGUUUAAUUAGUGAAAGCCUCUACGAGUUCCGUUCCCCUUUGAUUGUGAUUCCAGGAAUAUGUUAGAAGCGAUUCACUGUGUAGCGUUCUGUUGUGUCAGCACCAGAGCCUCUUUGGCAGGUGGACUAGCAAGCAGAGCUGGCUCUCAGACGCACCGUUGAAUGGCAUGACAUGCCCCUGGGCUGACACACACACACACACACUGCGACACACACACACACACACACACACACCCCUCCCCGUUUAACCACAGGAAGGCAUGUGUAUAAUAGAAACUGAGAGGAGGGAAAUCACUAUCUGCGUUGGUCUCUUCUGUGUUGCCGCGGUUUCAAGCGAUGCGGUCCGGCCCUUCUGCUUUAACUCUCCAGUCAUAAGAGGUGUUAUCAUCCUGCAGUCAGUCAGUGUGUUUCUGCUUCAGCCCAGCUGUAGUCUGGUAGCUAGCUGAUGGGGUGGGGGAGAUUACAGAGUCUGGGCCCUAACUGUGAGUGGUCUGUAUCUGUUAUUCACACAGUCACAGGAACACUGGGCUCCCUCCCUCCCUCCCUCCCUCUCUCCCUCAGGCAGGGGCCCUGCUCUGCUCUGCCCUGCUCUCACUUUGAUUGUCCCUGGAUGAUGAUGCGUGUGUGUUCUAGCGUGCCAUCAAGCUAGCCCCAACCCUGUGUGACGUGUCUGACCCUGUUUACGCUCUGUUCCGGAACACUCCCCCCAUCCCCCCUCCCUUUUCUGUGGGAGGGAUUACUGUGCCCAUUACCAUCCAUGGGAUUUAUUACUGUUGCUAUUACCAUCGGUGGGAGUGAUUACUGUUCCCAUUUCCAUCGGUGGGAGUGAUUACUGUUCCCAUUUCCAUCGGUGGGAGUGAUUACUGUUCCCAUUUCCAUCGGUGGGAGUGAUUACUGUUCCCAUUUCCAUCGGUGGGAGUGAUUACUGUUCCCAUUUCCAUCGGUGGGAGUGAUUACUGUUCCCAUUUCCAUCGGUGGGAGUGAUUACUGUUCCCAUUUCCAUCGGUGGGAGUGAUUACUGUUCCCAUUUCCAUCGGUGGGAGGGAUUACUGUUCCCAUUUCCAUCGGUGGGAGUGAUUACUGUUCCCAUUGCCAUCGGUGGGAGUGAUUACUGUUCCCAUUGCCAUCCGUGGGAGUGAUUACUGUGCCCAUUGCCAUCCGUGGGAGUGAUUACUGUUCCCAUUGCCAUCCGUGGGAGUGAUUACUGUUCCCAUUUCCAUCCGUGGGAGUGAUUACUGUGCCCAUUGCCAUCGGUGGGAGUGAUUACUGUGCCCAUUGCCAUCCGUGGGAGUGAUUACUGUGCCCAUUGCCAUCGGUGGGAGUGAUUACUGUGCCCAUUGCCAUCCGUGGGAGUGAUUACUGUGCCCAUUGCCAUCCGUGGGAGUGAUUACUGUUCCCAUUUCCAUCCGUGGGAGUGAUUACUGUUCCCAUUUCCAUCCGUGGGAGUGAUUACUGUGCCCAUUGCCAUCGGUGGGAGUGAUUACUGUUCCCAUUUCCAUCCGUGGGAGUGAUUACUGUGCCCAUUUCCAUCGGUGGGAGUGAUUACUGUUCCCAUUUCCAUCCGUGGGAGUGAUUACUGUUCCCAUUUCCAUUCGUGGGAGUGAUUACUGUGCCCAUUUCCAUCCGUGGGAGUGAUUACUGUUCCCAUUUCCAUCCGUGGGAGUGAUUACUGUUCCCAUUUCCAUCCGUGGGAGUGAUUACUGUUCCCAUUUCCAUCCGUGGGAGUGAUUACUGUUCCCAUUUCCAUCUGUGGGAGUGAUUACUGUGCCCCAUUUCCAUCCGUGGGAGUGAUUACUGUUCCCAUUUCCCAUCGGUUGGGAAUGAUUAACUUGUGCCCAUUGCCAUCCGUGGGAGUGAUUACUGUGCCCAUUGCCAUCCGUUGGGAGUGAUUAACUGUGCCCAUUACCAUCCGGUUGGGAGUGAUUACUGUUCCAUUACCAUCGUUGGGAAGUUGAUUACUGUGCCCAUUGCCAUCCGUGGGAAGGUGAUGACUGUGCCCCAUUGCCAUCCUGGGAGUGAUUACUUGUGCCAUGCCCGGUGGGAGUGAUUACCUGUGCCCAUUGCCAUCGGUGGGAGGGAUUACUGUGCCCAUUGGCCAUUCGGUGGGAGGGAUGAACUGUGCCCAUUGCCAUCGGUGGGGAGGGAUUACUGUGGCCCAUUGCCCAGCCGUGGGAGGGAUUAGGCGUGGCCCAUUGCCCAUCCGUGGGAGGGAUUACUGUGCCCAUUGCCAUCCGUGGGAGGGAUUACUGUGCCCAUUGCCAUCCGUGGGAGGGAUUACUGUGCCCAUUGCCAUCCGUGGGAGGGAUUACUGUGCCCAUUGCCAUCCGUGGGAGUCAGAGGGCAUUCAUGCAGACUGGCACCCUGCGCCCCACCAUUUAGACUGCUACACACACACACACACACACACACACACACACACACACACACACACACACACACACACACACACACACAGUUCAGACCUCCACACACAUAAACAAACACGAUAUAGAUCUUGACGCACACACACACACAUCGUUGCGACCUCAGCUGGGGUUUAAUCCUGUGUCUGAGUGGAAGACAUGGUAAUUCUGGUAUAGGAAGAGAACAAGGAGUUCAGACAUACAACAGUACCAGACUAGUUAGCUCCUAAUCCCCCCUCCCCCUAACCCUUACAGGUGCUGCUAUGUCCGGCAGUAGAGUGAAUAAUAUAAUAUAGAUAUGACGCUUUUAUCCAAAGUGACUCAGUCAUGCAUGCAUCCAUUUUGUGAAUGGGUGGUCCCGGGAAUCAAACCCACUGUCCCAGUGUUGCAAGCACCUUGCUCUACCAACUGAGCUACAGAGGACCACGUGAAUGAAUGGACUGUCUGUAACCCACCGUGACCUAGUACAGACCUGGUUCAGACCUGGCUAGUUCUGUUUUGCUGCCAUUUUGGGUGACUCCAGUCUGUUGUUCUACUGACUGUCUGUAUUUAUUUGGAAGUGUAGUGUAGUGACUCAUGGGUGAGUGUGUUCAGUGGUGCUCUCUGUCUCUCUGUAAGUGGUGCUGUCUGUCUGUCUGGUGCUGUCUGUUUUUGGUGCUGUCUGUCUGUUUGUGGUGCUGUCUGUCUGUUUGUGGUGCUGUCUGUCUGUCUGUAUGUCUGUUUCUGGUGCUGUCUGUCUGUCUGUCUGUCUGUUGUGGGUGCUUGUCUUUCUGUUUGUGGUGCUGCGUACUGUCUGGUGCUGUCUGUCUGUCUGGUGCUGUCUGUUCUGUCUGGUGCUGUCUGUCUGUCUGUCUGUCUGUCUGUCUGAUGCUGUCUGUCUGUCUGUCUGUCUGUCUGUCUGGUGCUGUCUGUCUGUCUGGUGCUGUCUGUCUGUCUGUCUGGUACUGUCUGUCUGUCUGUCUGGUGCUGUCUGUCUGUUUGUGGUGCUGUCUGUCCUGUUUGUGGUGCUGUCUGUCUGUUUGUGGUGCUGUCUGUCUGUCUGUCUGUCUGGUGCUGUCUGUCUGUCUGUCUGGUGGCUGUCUGUCUGUCUGGUGCUGUCUGUCUGUCUGUCUGGUGCUGUGUGUCUGUUUGUGGUGCUGUCUGUUUUUGGUGCUGUGUGUCUGUUUGUGGUGCUGUCUGUCUGUUUGUGGUGCUGUCUGUCUGUCUGUCUGGUGCUGUCUGUCUGGUGGUGUCAGUCUGUCUGGUGCUGUCUGUCUGUCUGUGGUACUGUCUGUCUGUUUGUGGUGCUGUCUGUCUGUCUGUGGUGCUGUCUGUCUGUCUGUCUGUCUGUCUGUCUGUCUGUGGUGCUGUCUGUCUGUCUGUGGUGCUGUCUGUGGGCCCAGCCAGGCAGCCAGCAUUCUGAAGACUCACUGUGACAGAUAAAGCCACUCCAUGCUGACGUCACCCUACCUGCUGAGUUGGACCUUCCCUCUACUCUCUUUAGUUGCAGGGUCAUACUUGUUUGUUUAUCUGGAUCCCCAUUAGCUUUUGCAGAAGCAGCAGCUACUCUUCCUGGAGUCCACAAAAAAACACAAAACAUGACAAGUAACAAAACACUGAUGGACAAGAACAGUCACACACAUUAAAAUACAACAAUAUACAAAACAAUACAACUAAACUGUAGCUGCUCAUCUCUAUCUGCCUCUCCUUGUUCUGUUCUCAACACUGCUCAAUCUGUAGUCAAUUCAAACUUAAACAAACCUAGUGACUGGCUGGCUGCUAGGCUAGCUGAAGGCUCCUGGGCUCCAUCUGGUGGUGAUGAGUGUAACUGCAGCCGCCCACCCGGCUGACUGUAUAGGAGUCAGUAGAUUGUUGUUGUUGUAAAGGUCAGGGAGCAUUGUGACCAGAGGGCAGGACUACUUACCAUGGACUCUAACUCACAACGUCACUCUCUCUCUUCACCUAACCUUGCAUGGAGAAUAGUAGGUCAAUGAAUGUAAUUGGUCAAACACCUGUGAUUUAGGUGCAGUGUUGGGUUGUUAAAAUGGGUUUCUGGGUUGGAGUAACUAACAUUGACCUUCAGCAGAGCUCUGUACGGUAGGUAUGUAGGUCCCAUAGGACAACCAUGGUCGUUGGUUAUUGUGAAAGUUCACAAUGACUUCCUUCCGCUGAGAAGUCUUUCGUCUUAGCUCUUUAUUACUGUAACACGCCUCAUCUCACCUGGCUUCUCCUUCUUUCUUCUUCAGACCGUCUCGUCGGCGUCGCUCAGUGGGUGUGGCCAACGCCACCCUGCCCCGCUUCCUGACCACUCCCCCCACCCUGCCCAACGCGUCGACCACGCCCAGCCCAGAGGGCGAGGGGGCGGAGGGCUCCAAGGUGACGCUGGUGGUGUUCGCCAAGGAGUCGACGGUCAUCUCCAACCUGCGCCACUUCACCAGCUAUCAGAUAGAGAUCCAUGCCUGCAACCACCCCACUGACCCCCAGCGCUGCAGCAUGGCCACUUUCGUCAGCGCGCGCACCCUGCCCGAGGGUAAGGCUGUACACAGAGCCAGACUACAGUAUGUUUAUACACUACACAGUACAGACUUCCUUCUUCUUCUUUCACGUAUGCCUGUGUUCUCCUCCUCUCCCUGCAGAGAAAGCUGAUGACAUUGUGGGCCAGGUGAGCCAUGAGAUGGUGUUGGAGCACCCAGACUCUGUCCACAUCAAGUGGCUGGAGCCCAAAGCCCCCAACGGCAUGAUCAUCCUGUACGAGAUCAACUACAGGAGGAUAGGAGACCCAGAGGUCAGUACCAAUACUAGAAUCAACUACAGGAGGAUAGGAGACCCUGAGGUCAGUACCAAUACUAGAAUCAACUACAGGAGGAUAGGUACCCUGAGGUCAGUACCAAUACUAGAAUCAACUACAGGAGGAUAGGAGACCCUGAGGUCAGUACCAAAACUAGAAUAAACUACAGGAGGAUGGAUAGGAGACCCUGAGGUCAGUACCAAUACUAGAAUCAACUACAGGAGGAUAGGUACCCUGAGGUCAGUACCAAUGCUAGAAUCAACUACAGGAGGAUGGAUAGGAGACCCUGAGGUCAGUACCAAUACUAGAAUCAACUACAGGAGGAUGGAUAGGAGACCCUGAGGUCAGUACCAAUACUAGAAUCAACUACAGGAGGAUAGGAGACCCUGAGGUCAGUACCAAUACUAGAAUCAACUACAGGAGGAUGGAUAGGAGACCCUGAGGUCAGUACCAAUACUAGAAUCAACUACAGGAGGAUAGGUACCCUGAGGUCAGUACCAAUGCUAGAAUCAACUACAGGAGGAUGGAUAGGAGACCUUGAGGUCAGUACCAAUACUAGAAUCAACUACAGGAGGAUAGGAGACCCUGAGGUCAGUACCAAUACUAGAAUCAACUACAGGAGGAUGGAUAGGAGACCCUGAGGUCAGUACCAAUACUAGAAUCAACUACAGGAGGAUAGGAGACCCUGAGGUCAGUACCAAUACUAGAAUCAACUACAGGAGGAUAGGAGACCCUGAGGUCAGUACCAAUACUAGAAUCAACUACAGGAGGAUAGGUACCCUGAGGUCAGUACCAAUACUAGAAUCAACUACAGGAGGAUGGAUAGGAGACCUUGAGGUCAGUACCAAUACUAGAAUCAACUACAGGAGGAUAGGAGACCCUGAGGUCAGUACCAAUACUAGAAUCAACUAAUAAUAAUAUAAUAAUAAACUACAGGAGGAUGGAUAGGAGACCUUGAGGUCAGUACCAAUACUAGAAUCAACUACAGGAGGAUAGGAGACCCUGAGGUCAGUACCAAUACUAGAAUCAACUACAGGAGGAUAGGUACCCUGAGGUCAGUACCAAUACUAGAAUCAACUACAGGAGGAUAGGAGACCCUGAGGUCAGUACCAAUACUAGAAUCAACUACAGGAGGAUAGGAGACCCUGAGGUCAGUACCAAUACUAGAAUCAACUACAGGAGGAUAGGUACCCUGAGGUCAGUACCAAUACUAGAAUCAACUACAGGAGGAUAGGAGACCCUGAGGUCAGUACCAAUACUAGAAUCAACUACAGGAGGAUAGGAGACCCUGAGGUCAGUACCAAUACUAGAAUCAACUACAGGAGGAUAGGAGACCCUGAGGUCAGUACCAAUACUAGAAUCAACUACAGGAGGAUAGGAGACCCUGAGGUCAGUACCAAUACUAGAAUCAACUACAGGAGGAUAGGUACCCUGAGGUCAGUACCAAUACUAGAAUCAACUACAGGAGGAUAGGAGACCCUGAGGUCAGUACCAAUACUAGAAUCAACUACAGGAGGAUAGGAGACCCUGAGGUCAGUACCAAUACUAGAAUCAACUACAGGAGGAUAGGAGACCCUGAGGUCAGUACCAAUACUAGAAUCAACUACAGGAGGAUAGGAGACCCUGAGGUCAGUACCAAUACUAGAAUCAACUACAGGAGGAUAGGAGACCCUGAGGUCAGUACCAAUACUAGAAUCAACUACAGGAGGAUAGGUACCCUGAGGUCAGUACCAAUACUAGAAUCAACUACAGGAGGAUAGGUACCCUGAGGUCAGUACCAAUACUAGAAUCAAAUAACUAACUGUGUUUCUGUCAAUCCAUUUCCCCUUUGCUCUUUUUUGUUUUGGAUGUUUGUUGACUUGAGUUUACAGAACAGUCAUUUGUAGGUGUUUGAAUAGAAAAGGGAAAUGACGAGGGUUAUUUGGGGGACUAUUUUGGGCCAGGGUUAGUUUGUUAGGUGCAUACCUGGUAGCUACAGUCUGAAUGGGAUCGUUUUUUCAACCAUAUUGUGCCUUAUUCUGAAAAACAACCACAGCCAUUAUUAAAGAAAAUCAAUGAUCUGUCUAUAGUUCUGAUUGUCACCCCCUGUACAUUGGUGUGUGUGUGUGUUUGUUUUUGUUUUUGUUGCUGUGGUGAAUGUGUGGAUUCAUUGGUAUUCACUACUGCACCGUCUGACCCAGGGAGCCUGUAGUAGAUAUGUUACCAAGGAGAUAGAAACAGGAACUGCAUCCCCUCGUGUAAACAAAUAGAUAUCUCAGUAACCAAGGAAUGAAGAGCUUUGAUUCCUCUGCAAUAACAAUGCGUUGCACUUUUUACUGACAUAACUCCUGAGUGGCGCAGUGGUCUAAGGCACUGCAUCGCAGUGCUAACUGUGCCACUAGAGAUCCUGGUUCGAAUCCAGGCUCUGUCGCAGCCGGCCGCGACCGGGAGACUCAUGGGCGGCGCACAAUUGGCCCAGCGUUGUCCAGGGUAGGGGAGGGAAUGGCCGGCAGGGAUGUAGCUCAGUUGAUAGAGCAUGGCGUUUGCAACGCCAGGGUUGUGGGUUCGAUUCCCACGGGGGGCCAGUAUAAAAAAUAAUAAUAAUAUGUAUUCACUAACUGUAAGUCCCUCUGGAUAAGAGCGUCUGCUAAAUGACUAAAAUGUAAAAUGUAAAAAUGUCAGUGCCUUAAAGAACGCUGGACAAAUAUUUCAGUGUGAAAGAUAAUCAGAUAUGCUUUUUAGUAUGUAGAUAAUAUUUUUAUUUGACCUUUAUUUAACUAGGCACGUCAGUUAAGAACAAAUUCUUAUUUACAAUGAUGGCCUACCCCGGCCAAACCCGGACGACGCUGGGCCAAUUGUGCGCCGCCCUAUGAGACUCCCGAUCACGGCCGGUUCUGAUACAGCCUGGUAUCGAACCAGGGGGUCUGUAGUGACGCCUCAAGCACUGAGAUGCAGUGCCUUAGACCGCUGCGCCACUCGGGAGCCCAAUAUAUUGACAAGAUUGCGUGCUAGUAUGCUAGGUUGAAAUGACAUGAUUGAGUGCUAGUAUGCUAGGUUGAAAUGACAUGAUUGAGUGCUAGUAUGCUAGGUUGAAAUGACAUGAUUGAGUGCUAGUAUGCUAGGUUGAAAUGACAUGAUUGAGUGCUAGUAUGCUAGGUUGAAAGCUGUUUGAUUAGCAGACCAGACCAGGGAAGCCUCAUGUCUGUAUUAUAAAUCCUGGUGCUCACAGUCACACCCUUUAUACAACACUGUGAUUUAGUGGGAUAACCACGCUAUAACCACGCUAUAACCACGCUAUAACCACGCUAUAACCACGCUAUAACCAUGCUAUAACCACGCUAUAACCACGCUAUAACCACGCUAUAACCACGCUAUAACCACGCUAUAACCAUGCUAUAACCACGCUAUAACCACGCUAUAACCACUCUAUAACCAUGCUAUAACCACUCUAUAACCGUGUAAUAAUGUGUGCUCCAGGAGCUGCAUCACUGCGUGUCCAGGAAGACCUACGCCCAGAUCGGAGGCUGCAGGCUGCGAGUGGUGCAUCCUGGGAACUACACUGUGAAGAUCCGUGCCACCUCGCUGGCAGGAAAUGGCUCCUGGACUAAACCCACCUUCUUCUUCAUGCCCGACAGUAAGUGCUGCCUGCCUGGGCCAAUGGGCACUGGCCCUGCUUACUCUGUCUGGAAUUAUAGAUAUUGUUUUACGAUAUAUUUAUUGCUAUUUUUUAUUUAUUUCACAAGCAUCAGAAAACAUGACAAUAAGAACAUCACUCCCCCCACACAUACACCACACAUACACCACACAUACACCACACAUACACCACACAUACACCACACAUACACCACACAUACACCACACAUACACCACACAUACACACAACAACAGGCUAGAGGGGAGCACAGCAUACUCUGGACACAUUUGAACAGUUCAUGUUGCCAUGACAGUGACUGACAAAUGGCUGCUUUGUUCAUUGCAGAGGACAACAGUUCACUGAGCAUCAUCAUUGGUCCAAUCAUCUGCUUCAUCCUGCUGCUCUUCGUGGGGGGCGGAGUCUUCAUGGUCUAUAAGAAGAAGUAAGACUUGAUUGAUUGAUUAUCGAUUUUUGGUAUAAUAUUUAUUUAUUUUACCAGGCAGGUAAACAAAUGAUUAUUUACAAUGAUGCCCUGGCAAGACAAAUAUACGAAUGUGCAAGGAGACCUUUGACUAAUGUUUGACUGUGUGUACCAGGCAAACUGAGGGACCCACUGGACCUCUGAUCGCCUCGUCCAACCCGGAGUACCUGAGCGCUAGCGACGGUAAGGACAAACCACAAACCACGCUUCAAACUGUUCCAGCAAGUUUGUUUUCCUGUGAGGUGGUGUACGUGUUUUAAAAAAAAACAGUGUAGUAAAGAAGUAGUGCACUAAAAUGAGAACUUUGUUCCCUUGUUGUUGUGUAGUGUACGUACCGGAUGACUGGGAGGUGGCGAGGGAGAAGAUCAACAUCCUGAAGGAGCUGGGUCAGGGUUCGUUUGGCAUGGUCUACGAGGGCAUCGCCAAGGACAUCGUGAAGGGCGAGCCGGACACGCGCGUGGCGGUAAAGACGGUCAACGAGUCGGCCAGUCUGAGGGAGAGGAUAGAGUUCCUCAACGAAGCCUCCGUCAUGAAGGCCUUCAGCUGUCACCACGUGGUAAGGAGCCUAUUCAUUCACUUUCAUGAUGAACUGUUAUGUAGUGUAUUACCUUCAGAAUAUGAACGUUGCACGACGCUCCCCACCUCCACUUCACGUCAACUAAACAAUAACAAUGGCGAUGGGUCGGACGGUGGCGCUGUUUUACCUACUGUGGAUUCUAUCUUUAAAUUGAGUAGAUUUUCUCAAGUUAUUAUGUAGAGAAAUGUAUAUAUCUCAAUGUUCCUAACUCUCCCUGUUCUCUCUGUCUGUAGGUGUCUGUAGUGUAAUGACUAACUCCCUGUUCUCUCUGUCUGUAGGUGUCUGUAGUGUAAUGACUAACUCCCUGUUCUCUCUGUCUGUAGGUGUCUGUAGUGUAAUGACUAACUCCCUGUUCUCUCUGUCUGUAGGUGUCUGUAGUGUAAUGACUAACUCCCUGUUCUCUCCGUCUGUAGGUGUCUGUAGUGUAAUGACUAACUCCCUGUUCUCUCUGUCUGUAGGUGUCUGUAGUGUAAUGACUAACUCCCUGUUCUCUCUGUCUGUAGGUGUCUGUAGUGUAAUGACUAACUCCCUGUUCUCUCUGUCUGUAGGUGUCUGUAGUGUAAUGACUAACUCCCUGUUCUCUCUGUCUGUAGGUGUGUCUGUAGUGUAAUGACUAACUCCCUGUUCUCUCUGUCUGGUAGGUGUCUGUAGUGUAAUGACUAACUCCCUGUUUCUCUCUGUCUGUAGGUGUCUGUAGUGUAAUGACUAACUCCCUGUUCUCUCUGUCUGUAGGUGUCUGUAGUGUAAUGACUAACUCCCUGUUCGCUCUGUCUGUAGGUGUCUGUAGUGUAAUGACUAACUCCCUGUUCUCUCUGUCUGUAGUGUCUGUAGUGUAAUGACUAACUCCCUGUUCUCCUCCGUCUGUAGUGUCUGUAGUGUAAUGACUAACUCCCUGUUCGCUCUGUCUGUAGGUGUGUCUGUAGUGUAAUGACUAACUCCCUGUUCUCUCUGUCUGUAGGUGUCUGUAGUGUAAUGACUAACUCCCUGUUCUCUCUGUCUGUAGGUGUCUGUAGUGUAAUGACUAACUCCCUGUUCUCUCUGUCUGUAGGUGUCUGUAGUGUAAUGACUAACUCCCUGUUCUCUCUGUCUGUAGGUGUCUGUAGUGUAAUGACUAACUCCCUGUUCUCUCCGUCUGUAGGUGUCUGUAGUGUAAUGACUAACUCCCUGUUCUCUCCGUCUGUAGGUGUCUGUAGUGUAAUGACUAACUCCCUGUUCUCUCCGUCUGUAGGUGUCUGUAGUGUAAUGACUAACUCCCUGUUCUCUCUGUCUGUAGGUGUGUCUGUAGUGUAAUGACUAACUCCCUGUUCUCUCUGUCUGUAGGUGCGUCUGCUGGGCGUGGUGUCUAAGGGCCAACCCACUCUGGUGGUGAUGGAGCUGAUGACCCACGGAGAUCUGAAGAGCUUCCUGCGGGCCCUCCGCCCAGACUCCGAGAGUAACCCCACAGGGAAGCCCCCUCCCACACUGAAGGAGAUGAUCCAGAUGUCAGGGGAGAUAGCAGACGGCAUGGCCUACCUCAACGCCAAGAAGUUUGUCCACAGAGAUCUGGCUGCCAGGAACUGCAUGGUGGCUGAGGACAACACUGUCAAGAUCGGAGGUACAGUAGAUUAAGACUGUAACAAACGUGUGAUUCUCUCUGUGAUGGUACAGUUUCAACAAGUACAUCAUGACUGGUGUACGAGCCUUGGGUGAUGGAAUGAUGUACUGUACGAAGGUGGCUCUCGUGUGUGUGCCUGUGGUUGAUAUAUAUAUAUAUACGACUGUGUUUCUCCAGACUUUGGUAUGACCAGAGACAUCUAUGAGACGGACUACUAUCGUAAGGGAGGGAAGGGUCUGCUUCCUGUCAGGUGGAUGGCUCCUGAGUCGCUCAAGGACGGAGUGUUCACUGCUCAUUCGGACUGCUGGUGAGGAAGAGAUCAUUGGGCAGAAGGGCCUGUCUGCUCAACCUGUUUAAUCCACUCUAUUCAAUCUCCUGAGAGAAGAACAUCUUUCUCCACUCCCCCUGUCUAACCCCCAUAAUGUCUAUAGUAACUCUGUCACCACUUUGUUUUUAUUCAGUUGUCACACUAGUCCAGGGGGAUUCAAAUCUUACCCCUACCAUACGGCCUACGAGGUCCAGACUACUGCUGGUUUUCUGUUCUACCUGAUAAUUAAUUGUACCCACCUGGUGUCCCAGGUCUCAAUCAGUCUGAAAAACGAUGAAAUAAAGCAGGUGAACUGGUUUCCAGGUCCAGAGUUGAAUUUCAGGGCACUAGUGUUUUAUUUCUUUAUUCACAUCCUGUUUAUUUUGGCAUGAGAUAAUGUCUGUCUGUCUGUCCCCAGGUCGUUUGGCGUGGUGUUGUGGGAGGUCAGUACCCUGGCAGAGCAGCCGUACCAGGGCCUGUCCAAUGAACAGGUCCUCAAAUUCGUCAUGGACGGAGGAUACCUAGACAGACCAGAGAACUGUGAACAGAGGAUGUAAGUGUCUCAAACACUAAACUUUUAGUGGAUCAUGGGAUCUGUAGUCUUUUACAUUGAUACGCACUACCAAGCAUACAAAGUACAUGAUGUAUAUUAUUUUGACUUUGGUUAACAGUUUGAGUUAACACUACUAUAUGCCUACGAUAUUCCAGGGCUAGUUGUGCUUCAAUGGGGACCAACAGAGGUAAGCUGCUUGUGGAUAGAGCCCAUAGAUUCUCUCUCAUUCAUCCAUCUUUCUCCUCCUCCUCCUCCUCCUCGCUCAGCCACAACCUGAUGUCUAUGUGCUGGCAGUACAACCCCAAGAUGCGUCCCACCUUCCAGGAAAUCAUUGAGAUGUUGAAGGAGGACCUUCACCCCAGCUUCCAGGAGGUGUCCUUCUUCUACAGCGAGGAGAACAAGCUCCCAGAGACAGAGGAGUUUGACUUGGACCUGGAGAACAUGGAGAGCAUCCCGCUGGACCCGUCGUCCUACUCCGAGAGAGAGGACAGAGACAGUCUUCCCAGAGACGAGGGACCCAGUCAGGGCCUGAGGGGCAACUACGAGGAGCACGUGCCCUACACACACAUGAACGGUGGCAAGAAAAACGGACGAAUCUUAUCGUUGCCCAGAUCCAGCCCUUCCUAA